AGCUCUACCCCAGGCUGUAUCACUGUACCCUCCCCCUAUAUGCACACUCUCUCUUUCUCCCCUCUCUGUCCCCUCCUCUCUCUUUUUCUAUCAUACACAUUCACUCAACCUCUCCUGCUCUUGCAGCUGGUGUUUUGCUACUGCUGCACCAUCCACCCAAGAUGUUCAACCCAGUGUAUAAGGGAGAGCCAAGGUAAUGAUUUCACUUGUUUUCUGGGGAACUGAAAUAGCAGAAUUGUUCCCGUGCUGUUAUUGGCUGCUGACAAGAGCUAUCUACAAUGACUGUUGAGAAGAGCAUCUGCAUAUGCAUGUGCGUGUCUGUUUAUGUGUGCAGAUUUGUGUGAGAACUCUCCAGCUGGAGUAUAAGGGCUGUGUAAAUUUGCAGGUUUGGUGUGACUCUUGUGAUCUGCAAAUAGACGCAAGUGGAGUGUGAUUAUUUCUGGGGCUCUGCUUCAUAAACUUUGACCGUAUUCUUUGAUUAUGAUUAUUUAUAUUCUACUCUGUUUUGUGCAGAAGUGCAGAUUGGUUAGGUUAUUGGGCUGUAUUGUUUAUUGUGUACUGUAUGUAUGGUUUACCUCGAAUAAUAAGUAAGGGCAUGAAGUCAGCGUUCUGCAUAAACGAGUGGGUGGAUAAGUACAGUGUUCAGUAUUUUCACAAAUUUGACUCAUAACAGUAUGUUGAAUCUCACAGGAAGUAAUCCAAGGGAAGCAAUGGAAAGGGUGCAGAGGGAUAAAAAUGAAUGUUUUUGCAAAAACAGAAUGGUAAAUGCCAAUGAGUACAUGUCAUCAUGCAUUCAUGUGUUUAUGUGCGUAUAUAUGUGUGGGUGGGUGGCUGGUUGGGAGAUUAGCAUGGGUAGCAAAGGCUCAUAUAAAUAAAAAUCGUCUUCCAAAAAUUUGUUUGCUCCCCCUGAAGUGCCAGUAAAUGAAAAUCUUCGGCAUCCCUUUAUUUGUAGUUUAAAAUGAAAAAACUUGAAGACAGUCAACAAAGAUGUGAAAUAAACACAAGGUAGACAGACACACUUUCAGGUGCAGGUGUUGUACCAGAAUAUUUUCCUGUGGCCUGAGGGUCUGUUUGAUCUGCUAUGGGCAGUAAGUGUAUCCAGCAAAAAUGAGAGUGUAGAUCUCGCUGAAUACUCACAUCAUAAUAUGUAAGUGUGACUCAGAGUUGGUUUAUUAUGCUCAGCCAGUUGCUGUACAAAUGAAAACCUCUGGUCUUGAGAGGCAAGUAGCAGCUCUACCACAUAGUGUGGUAUAGGGCUAAAAACUGCAACACAUACAGUGCCCUCUUGAGGCUGCCUGUUAGUCUCAAGAGUCCACACCUACUCCAAAAAGUUUCCGAGCAUGUGGACACAUGUUUACAGCUUGAUUUAGAAAAGGUUUUUGGUAUUAUGAACUCAUUUCUCCAUCCACACUCACAGUGAAACAGGUAACAUGUUUUAUAACUUAAUGGUUCUGGAGGUGUUGAUGUGAGUUUUGCAGUUCCCAGGUCAAAGCUGACUUGACCCAGAGUCGGAGCAGUUGGCAAACAUUAGCAACUCCACUCCUUUGCCUCUUUCUAUGUCAAACAAGGUUGUGAUGAGUGAGUAUUCUAACACAGCCACAGCGAAGAUAGGCGUCAAAUCAUAGCUUCAGAGAUCAAUGGGUGGAGUCGCUAUCUCAGUUUUAUCCAGUCUGUGUUGCCAUAGUAUCCCGUUACUGCUCAGCUGUAGCCACAUAGGAAAGCCCCUAACAUGCCAGAGGGGAUGCAUGUCCUUUUACCAUAUUUUUUGAACCAUAAGGCGCGCUUAAAAUUCUUAAAUUUUCUCAAAAAUUGACAGUGCACCUUAUAAUCCAGCACGCUUUAUGUAUGAUUACUUGUUGUGCUUACUGACUGAUUUUAUGUGGUACCAAGCGCUCAAAAAUCAGUCGAAAUGUGUAAGUAUGACUUUGGUAAGCAAUUAAGCCACUUCGCUUAAUGGAUAUUCGAAGCAUUACAGUACGCUGUGUCGCUACCUGAUUGGCCCCAUAACAGGACUCCUGGGCAGUCUACAAGACUGCCUGACUGUAACGUCGAAAUUAGAAGUGCAUUCAUGUAAGGCAGCCAAGGCCCAGAGUACAGGCUAGCAACAAUAAACCAAUCAAUGCCAAAUGCGCCUUACAGUCCGGUGCGCCUUAUACGUGAACAUAGACAUGUUAAUUCACAGUGAGCUGUAUAAUCCGUUGUGCCCUAUCGCCUGAAAAAUACAGUAUUUUUCAAAUGUUGUACGACAUAUCUAAAAACUGAAUAUAAAGUUAAAUUAAAACAAUGCCUUCAUUACUUAAAGAGGUGACGAAAACAAUUAACUUCUUCCUCCAAAGUAGAACAUUGAGAGAUGAUCCAUCAAUCAACCCAUCCGUCCAUCCAUCCAUCCAUUCAUCCAACCAUUCAUUUAUCCAUCCAUCCAACCAUUCAUCCGUCCAUCCACAUUCUUCCAGCAGUCAAAGUCAACUCAGACAUCCCUCUCGCCAACAAGGUUUUCAGCUCUAUCUGGGGCAGGCAUGUCCAAACUAUUCCACUGGGGCCCCAGUGGCUGCAGGUUUUUCUUCCAACCAAUCAAGAUCACACAGUCUGACCAAUCAGCUGUCUGAAGACUGAGAUCAGCUGAUGAAAUGAAUCAAGUCUGGUGUGCUGCUGCUUGGUUGGAAGAAAAACCUGCAGCCACACCAGCCCUUUGUGGAAUAGUUUGGACAUGCCUGGGGGGAUCCUGAAGUGUCCCCAGUUAGAUAGGAUUAACAAUCUCACCAGUGAACUCAGGGUCUACCCCAGGCCUUCUUCCAGUUAGACACACCUGUAACAACUCUACAGGGAGGCAUCUCACAGGCACUGUUAUCAAAUGCCUAAACUACCUCAAGUGGCUUCCAAGGCUAAGGAGAAACAGCUCUACUUCAAGCUUUUUCUGGAUGUCUAAGCUCCAAAGCCCUCUGCCUUGUAAAAGAACCUCAUUUCUAGACUGGUAGAUAAAAAGCUCUGUCUAUCAGCUCAGCUCCCUCUUCACUCUGACCACCAUGGUACUGCUGACAAAGCACCAGUCCACCUGCCAGUCUUCUGAUUCAUUUUACCAUCAUUCUGGUGUACCUAAACCCCUUCAUCUGAGGAAAAAACUCACCCCCCAACCACAGAGAGAGAGAGAGAGAGGAAUUCACAGUUUGACAGCAGAAAACCAUCGUUAAGGACUUGAAGGUGUUAAUUCUCAUCUCAGCUGCUUUACACCCUACUGGACACCAACUGGAAGGUGAAUGUCAGAAUCGGGUAUAAAAGGAGCAUCCCUGAAAGGCUCAGUUGGUCACAAGCAAGGAUGAGGGAAUGUCCGCCACUUGUUGAACAACUUAAUGAACAAAUACACGAACAGUUCAAGAACAACAUAUCUCAACAUUAGGGUGACCAUACAUCCUCUUUUACUCAGACAUGUCCUCUUUCUGGGGGGGAUGUUGUCCAGCUUUGUCCGGGGAAGUUUAUAAAAUCCUUUAAAUGCCUGCGGUUUUGGACGGGAGUUUCGAGUUUGUGUCGUGGACUUAUUGAGUUAGCAGCAUGUAAAAGACACUCGAUCCAACCCCAAAAACUCUCAGCAUUAACUUCAUGCGACUCUGUGACUCCGUGACUCCACCCCAGCAUAGUUGUGUCCUUUUUUUGUGAAGUCAGUGUAUGGUUACCCUUCUCAACAUACACUUGCCAGAACUUUUGGGAUUUCAUUAUCUACAAUCCACAGUAUGCCUGUGACCUUCGAUUCCUCACUGCAUUAAAAACGCAUAUCAUUCUGUAAAGGAUAUCACCACGUUGACUCACCACUUGUAGAUGAACACAGAUUGCUUCAUCUACAAAUGCAAGUUAAAACUCUACCAUGCAAAGCCAUAGUAAUAGCUUCAUUUGUAAAAGAGUGUGGCAGUCCAGACUGAGAAGCUUGACAAACCACAGCUCUGCAAUGUUGAGUGGACAGCUGUCCCUUUUGGCAGCAUUGUAUACUAUCUGCUACUGAUUCCUGCUCAAAGAACACAGUGGCUUAUUUGUCAUACUUUGCUAGAGGGAAUUCAGGAUUUGUACUUAAAUCUGUAAAUGCAUGAACAGAAAAAUGCACCAGUGAAAACUGCAUAGAAAGCAUGCAUUUACCUAUAACUUACUGUGUGCUAUCAAUGUAAGCACAAGGGUUACUGAAAGUCUGCCCUGAAAGACAAAUGUUCACUCUUGUAAGUGAUGAUUUAUGUACAUGAAUUACAACCCAUAAUAACUAUAGCAUGUGCUUGCCACAGUAUUCUGUACCUAUUCCUGGUUGUCUCUGGUAUGUGUGUGAAAGUGUGCCCUCAUUUGUACAUGGUUGUGUGUAUGAUCUGAGGGGUUUAUGGGUUGGCCGGCUGUCAGUUUCACUAGUAUUACAAAAUACAGUGUGGUUUCAGAAGUCUCAUUAAUUGUAAUUUUUUAUUUAUAUAUCAGAUGAAAAAAGAAAUGUUGGAUACAGCCUUUAAAUACAUCAUAGUGUCGUAUAUAAAAAUAAACUGUGGAAUUUCCAUUUAAGGUUUUUUUUUCCAUUUAAUUACUAAAAUUACUCAAGUCCUUUAUGUGUAUGUUAAAAUGUAUUUGUGUUUGUGUGAGUGUGUGCCACUGGACAUUUUCAUAGCUUUUAAUUAGUGCGAUCUCAUCAUAAAUGAGAUAUUGACUGAGAGUUUGUUAAGCAAUCAAAAGAGAGUCAUAAAAGGAGAAAUCACAUUUAAAAUAAACUACGCUAUAAUGAAAGAUUUUUCCCUUGGCCCUUUUUUACCACACUUCAUAUGUGUUUGUCUUUCUCAGCCAGAGUCAUUGGUUUCCUUCUGUCUUUGGUAUUAACGCUUAUUGUAUAUUUUCACUAUUAAUUUUUGAAAGGAGCUAAAUAACAAGAAACUAUCAUGUUAUCCAGUAAAAAAAAGUAUAAAUCUGCGAAUAAUUUAGUUCCACCUUUGAAGAAAAAUUGUGAAGAUCUCUGUCAUUAUUAUUUUUUUAUUAAAGCUUGUGUUUAUCACUUGAUAUAAUUUGUUACCUGAUCUAAAGCUAUCCUGCAUUUACUAUUCCUUUUUAUGAUUUGAAAGUAUAAACUUCAGUUAAAAUAAUUACCUGCAAGAAUAUGAUAAGUAGAUACCACCUACGUACAACCAACUUGUGAAUGUUUUUGGCUCCUAUUCUGUAAAAAUUAAACUGCCAAGAAAAAACUGGAGUAGUGUUUCCAAAGAGAACAAAAUUUUGUUUUUGACCAACAUUGUUGAUACUACAAUAUUCUUAAGCAUUCAGUUCACUUCUGGCACCUCAGAGGUGGUUAUCCUGUUUGACAGUGAAGUUUUUUGUUUUUCGCUCCAGCUGUUAUUUGAAUUGAUGUGGGUUAGACUGCUUUAAAAUGCCAGUCCUGGUUCAGAUCAUUAGGUAUACACAGUACCAAGAAUAGACCACAGCCUACUGCUGUAAAUCUGAACUGUGUGGCCGAUUUUUAAUCACCACAACUGGAGUAAGAGGAAGAGAAUCAGUGUGUGUUUGUGUGAGUGCAUGUGUUGAAAACAGAGAUCUGAGUUUAAGGCCCCUCCUUACCUUGCUCCUCCCCCCGAAACAAGCUUAUAUCCCAGUGUGUCAGUGUGCUAGACAGGCUAAAAAAGUCAAAGUCAGCAGUGCUGUAGGGAAAAAAAAAAAAAAACAUUGACUAUUUGUGUCAACAGAUCCAAACUGGAGACUGACAGCUCUGGGAGGUUAUAUAGCCAAAGACAGGAGACAGAGACAGAAAACUAUGUUAAAUAGAGGAUAGAGAGAGGAGGGGAGAGGGAGGGAGAGAGGGAGGGACAAUGACAUGGGUCAGUGAGAGAAGCAAAGUGCAAGUAUCUAUUGUAUAGCGAGAGAGACUGACAGACAGCAGAGCAAUACCCAAAGGACAGGGGCUGAGAGCAAGAGAGACUGCUGAAAAGUUCAGUCUGACAAAAUGCUAAGGCGGAGGAGAAGUGUGUCUUUUGGUGGAUAUGGAUGGUAUGUAUGUGACCUUUAAUUAAAACUCUAAUGUAUAUGUGUGUGUACUACUUUGUGUGUGCAUGAAAUAAUAACAGGAUAGAUUAUAUGGUGAGUUAAAAUUCUUUUGUAUGGUGACUGAUUUACAUUGUUUUACUAAAUGUCAAUGUGUGUGAAUAUGAGUGUGAAUGUGUGUGUGUGUAUGGGUGUGUGUGAGAAAUGUAAACUUUUUCAAAAGGAAGGAUGGGUGGAGAGCAGCAAAUAAUUCAAUGUGUCACACCUCUCACACUUUGUUCUCCCUUUGCCUGUCUUGUGUGUGUAUGUGGGCGUGUGUGUUAGUAUAGGUAUGUGUGUUAGGGUUUAUGUGUGUACGUUAUGUUCAGUUUCACUCUCUGUUGUCUCAUAUGGAGAGGACUUAUAGUCAACAAGCUUCUUUGUCUCUAACUGCUGUCUGUACUUAUGUGUCUACUCCUGACUAGUUCAGUAUGCUGCCACCCUGACUGCACAGACACACUCAAGUUUUAUGCUUGCACUCUUCUGGUAUUCUUCUUUUGAGUACAAGACCUUCACUGAAAACUUCACAAAAGAGUUUUUAUUUUCCACAGAAAUAAAUCCUCUUUCCCUCUGUGCUGUAGAAAAAUGGUGGUUAAUUCAAACUUUUUUAGCGGCAUUGAGCAGCAUUAUUGAGGAGUUUUGAACAAGCAUGUUUUGGCUGCAACCUUAAAAACCUCUGGAUGAAGUUCAGCAUCAUGACUGCAGGCACAAACAAACUGAACAAACUGGUGAGGACGGUUAGCUUUGUCCUAGACCGUCCUCUGGACCCUGUAGAGUUGAUGGGGGGGACAGGAGGAAGAUGGCUAAGCUAUCAUCUGUCAUGUACAAUGUUUCCCACCCCCUACAGAGCACUGUAACAGCACUGGGCAGCUCCCUCAGUGACACCCGCAGUGUGAAGCUUGUCACAAGUCCUUCCUUCCUGCUGUAGUCAGGCUGUUUCACCAGGCCUGCUCCCAGUAAUCCAGUUUUUUUUUAGCACAACUCACAGACAAUAACUCAAUGCCACCUCAAUAUAGACAGCCCAAAUACUUUAUACAAUUGGAGGUACCUACAAAAAGAUUGAUGGUGUUCUGUCUCUAAAGAGGCUUUAUUGUUAUACUUACCCGCUGACUUUUAAACAACUUAUUAGAAUAUUUUACGAUCAGAUGUUCUUUUAUACGGACACGGGUUUUUAAUUACCUUGCUGACAACCUGUGUCUGUAUAAAAGAACAUCUGAUCGUAAUUUAUCAAAAAAAGACACAAUGAACCUGAUUCAAGAAUUAUUGUAAUACUACCAUCUAACAAAUCCUCCUUACUAGUGUGAUCCUCUGCAGCACAGCACUCCUGGUUUUAUGAUUGGCGUACACUCCAUGUUCCUAAAGGUCCUGCAGAGCUUAUAUGAUCUACUUUUGACUUUAUUGCCAUAUCUAUUUACUACUCAUACCAAAGCACUUGAAAAGAUUACACUGUCUACUUUUUAUCAUUUUAUAUCUUUGAUUAUGAACUUUCUCACCCCUGAUUUGACCUGUUAAAUAGCAUUUGUUUUCAGAAAUCUGAUCAAAUUGUAUUUGUGUUAUAUCUUUGCUUCUUUGUUUUUCUUGAGAGGAAUCUUUGUUUUAUUGCAUUUCACUGACUAUUUAGUCACCCCUGUGUUAUUAGAAGUAAAACAUUACAUCUCUGACUUUCCAUGUUUUCAGUAUAAACAAUAUUAAAUGAAGCAUGAAUUGUUCACUUGUAAACAUUGAGACCCGUCACCAUAUACCUGUCUGACUUGCUUGUAGGAACAAAAACAUGUACUUGGUUCAGUGGUUAUGACUUUACCUUGACACUUAUCCUUACUCUAUAAGCAGUCGCUAUGUCCAAACUUCUUGGUUUAGUCAAUUUGAUUUUUAUGUCUUAUGGUUUUCAUGUACACUUGAUGAAAUAAUUGUGGCUUUUGAGUAAUUUGCAAAGGUGUGAUAACCAUGCUCUUUCUCUCUCUCUCUCUCUCUCUGUCUCUCUCUCUCUCUCUCUCUCUCUCUCUCUCUCUCUCUCUCUCUCUCUCUUUCCUGCCUCUUCUCCAGGGUUGACAAGUCCACUUUGUCUGCACUGAAAGCCCGGUAAGUUCUUUGUUUGGAUUUCUUGUUUCAUGCAGGUGAAGAAAUUCCUGGAAAGAGCUGAAAUUUAAAAGUUCAUAAAUUAUUCUGUCCACAUUAUAAAUGUUAACUUUACUAAACUUUAGGCUCUAACUCACUUCAGCAAUCAUCCCAAUCAAACGCUUUGUGCAUUACAGCAGUACAUACUACAACUGACACUACUCACAUUGCAUUCAAUGUUCCUGGCACAGCUUUUCUUUAAUGCUACAUCGGUUUGCUGCUAACAUUUCCGGCAUUCUAUCUUACUUUUGUCAUUUGUCACUCUAUGAGCAAUGUGCCUUGAGCUUUUUGGUCGAGACAAAACACUUUUAUUUUUUUGUUCCAACAGAGAUGCUCAGUUUUAUGGUGGUUAUUUCCAAACACCUUGCUCUCUCAUCAGCAUGUUUCAGGGGGGGUUCCCUUGCUUUUCAUUUAAAGGCUUUAUUUGGGAUGUUAAACUAACUAUAACAGGAGAAGUUUGUUUGAACAGACAAGUAGGAUCAGCCACUUACAACUUGGGUCUAAAUUCAUCGUUCAGCAUGUAGGAGUCACAAGAACCAGCUCCAUCACAGUGUUAAAAAAAUGUGAUUGAUAUAAGGACUACACACUUUAUUAUAUCCACUUAAAUUAGCUUUUUGAUUUGUCAGGAACCUCUAUUUCAACAAAAUAAAUAAAUACAUGGACUACAUUAUAAAAUGCUCUUAUUAAAAUUAUGGCACUUGUCAUGUUAGGGUCGCUGUUGACGUGGUUAAAUCAAUAUCUAAUAAUAAGAGCAAAAACUGAAAUCAUAAGUGCACUGCCAGGCACCACACUGACAGUUAGAUCCUCUUCCACUCGUGGGAGAUUUGGUAAAUUCUUAUUUUUCCAUGUAUUUCCCUGCACACAAAAAACAAUGUCGGGCCCAGACAUGUGAGAUCAGUUCAGGAUAGAUGUCUGUGUGAGGGGUAUGCUGACAAAGAAAGGCCCACAACAAAUAAUUAUAAGCAAUAUUUUCAUGGAUAAUGAACCCUAACAAGGUAACCUAGAGAUGAGAACCAACUUGGAUGAUAGAGAAUUGUUUGUAGUGUAAUUUACAGCUGAUUUAAGACACAGGUGAACAACACAGGAGGAAGGUUAAGGCUGACUUGUGUAGCUUUACCACUUACUGUGCCAAUAUAUUUGAUUAAUUGGACUGUUAAAUUUCACUGUGGGCUUUUGGAGACAAUUCCUGAUGAAUAUUAUUUCGCUUUUUUGUCAGAAAGAGGUGCAGCAGUGUAAGUUUAGCACAUUAAGGUUGUCAUAUGUGACGAGGUUAUAGAGCUUGAGAAAAACAAAUUAACAUGAAUUGACGCAAAAAUAUAAUUAUUGUAUGUAAUGAGUUAUUGGUUUAACUAACAGCUACUAGGCCGGUUAAAUGGAAGGCAGGGAGGAUUUAGGAUAUAAUAUGCCCUUGUGUGCAUGCCUGUAUUUAAAAGAUAGCCUGCAGAGACUAAUAGUGAUUGUCAGUGAUGAUUGUAAAUGGGCUUCAGAAUCUGUUUGCGAGCUAUUGUUUGUAAUCAAUCCAAAACUCCAGGCGCCAGAAACUUUUUAACAUUCAUUUUUGAAAAUGUUUGAGACUUGAAUUUGAAGACUGGCUUUAACUUGAAAUAUUUUUUGUCAUUCUGGAUAUCUAUUGGCUCGCUCAAUUUUUUAAAAGCCUUCAUCUGACAACUGUCAAUACAACAUAUUUUUAAGUAGGCUAAACUUAAGGAAUGUUUUAAUCAUUCAAAUAAUAAUCAUAAGGGAUAACUUCUUGAAAUAUUAGGUGUUUAUGAUGUCUGCAUCUUGAACCAAUUGUAAAUUAGGAGGGUCAUAUACUGACAUCAAAGAAAGUAAAACUUGAUUCUGUACACUACCAGAAAAAGAAGUGUAAUUUGAACCGAAAACCGACAAAAUAUUGCAACUUGAUGGCAUAGUAAAUGACUGAAAUCUUUGGCGCAGUUGUUAAGCAAACAGAACAUGUUUGGGUGGUAUUGAAUGCAAAGCAGGAAUAGCUGGAAUUAGGGCUGGAUGAUAUGAGAGAUUAACAGUUUUAUGAUAUUUGUAUGCUAUACCCUGACACCUGUUAUGUUUCUUGAUGUUUUAAAAUCUCCUCCUACUCACUGUGGGAAUAUUACUCUACCCUUUCAUGCAUGACUCCAGCAUUACGAUUCAAGUAGGCCCUUUAAUAGGAUUUUUCUUUUUUUAUAGCUGGGUGUAUAAAUAAAAGGGAACAGGUAUUAUGCCUGAAUGUUCGUGUUUAUUCAGCGAGGAAGAUUAAGGAAGACAGCAUUCAAUUAUUUUUAAAUGAGAUGAUCCUGCACUGAGAUGAGGAAAGCAGAUGAAGAAACAGAUGUGAUCCAGUGAGUUUAUAUAUCAUGUCAUGUUUAAUAUGAGGUGACGAUCACAUGUGAGUCCAGUCUCUCCGUUUGUGUAGGUCUGUCUCUGGCAUGAUCUGUCCUGCAUGUUAUUGCACACCCUGAUAUCAGCAUGAUCAACACCUCCACCUCCUCCUAUAAGAGUUUGUCAAUGCAGUAUAGAUAAAAGACACCACAUGCAUCCGUGUGUUUAUCACAGCUGUCACACAAGGUACAAUUGGCCUCAUACCAUCAAACCAAAGAUUUUUUUAACACUAUCACUUCAGUCAGAUAUUACCUGCUCUGCUCUGCUGGUUAAUCAGAAAUGUAAGUGGUAAAGCAGAAUCCGAUCUAAGUGAUCUGGAGACUCAUGGUUGAAGAGUGUCUUGGAGCGCUGGUCGACUUGCUCAGAGUCUCUUUUUGCUCACUCCUUUUACUCUAUACCUGCCCUUGUCUCUCUCCUCUCUGUAUACUUAAACACGCUCAUGAAGAGGAGAGUUUUCCUGAGUGUGAUGUUUGCAGUGAGAGCGGCAUUCGGAGAGAAGAAAGACUUUUAAGAGAAUUACAGCUUUUGAUGUCUGUAAGACACUUGUUGGUUGAUAUAGUAAUUUUAUAUAUCUCACAUGGAGCAAGCCGCUAUGUAUUGAGUAUACUCAUAUUCACCUCUAGCUGGAACCAGCUCAUAAAAAAUGGCUCUGAGCCUUGUGUAUAUUAGUGAUUGUCCUGGAUUCCCAGGGACCACAGACCACAUACAUCUGUGUAGAGCUGGAAUGGACUCCUAAAGGUCACAAUAACAUGAGACUAUUUUUUUCUCCUUUUUUUUUUAUGGAAUAAUGUUUUGAUAGCAUGAGAUCCCAUCUGUAUGAUUGGACACACGCACAUAUGCAAACAUAUGCUCUGUUUUAGAAGUAUGGUAUUUUCCUUGUUAUUUAGAUAAAUCGGUAACACCUAACAAUAACCAUAAUUUUUAGAAUGGUCAUUAGAUAGUUUAUUAAUGUUUAAUCAUCAUUUAAAAACAGCAUAUAGAACAAUUAUAAAUGGCAAAUAUACAGUUUAUUAAAGUAUAAUCAUCAUUUAAAAACAGCAUGUAGACCAAUUAUUAAUUGCAAAUAGAUAGUUCAUUAAUUUAAGUUAAUAGUUACUUUACCAUUAACAAACAAUAUAAUUAUGAUUUAUAAUUUUCAUUAGUUAUUAAUGGACUAUUUAUUAAAGGUUUAUAUAGGGUUUAAAUAUUGGUUGUGAAACAUCUAUAUUAAAGUGUGUGUCAGUAGGACUUUGUAAAUGGUUAAUAUUUGGUUUUUAAACCAUCUAUAAACAUUACUUAGAUGUUAUUGUAAAGUUAGGUUUUUUUUUAAAUUGUAAAAUUUACAAUUUAUUAAUGGUCUAUAAACUAAUUAUAAAUGAUGAUUAAACAUUAAUAAACUAUCUGCUUACCAUUUAUAAAUGGUGUGUUUACUAUUUGUAAGUUAUUGUAAAGUGUUACGGAUAAAUCAAAUCAGACAAGAGCCACAUCAAAGCACCCAUAUCCAGGAAAAUGAGGACACAAAGGACUAGGGGUUCACAAAAUCGAAAAGUGCCCUAGGGGGGAAGGAGAACAAAAACAUCCUACGAGAGUCUGACUUCAAAGUUCGUAGCUGCAGGGCAGUAUGACUGUGUUACUCUGUCUGGCCUACCCUUAGCUCAAUUUGUUUAUUUUUUAUUUUUUCAUUCCUGCCUCUUAACAACUUUAAUUCAGUUCUUCAUCCCUCCCUCGUCUCCUCUCCCCAUUAGUGCCUAGUGUUCCCUUGCAUCCCCUCUGCCCAUGGUUACCACAAAAAAGAUCCCUCCACCUUGACCAAACACACAGCUCCUCAUUAUUGUCUGCAUAAUCAAACCCUGUGUGUCCUUGAAGCCCGCUGUGUGUGUAUGCAUGUGUGUGUGUGAGAGAGAGAGAAAGAGAGAGACAGCAAACACUUGCAUCUGUUUUAUAGGCUUUGUCUUGAAGUGGUGGUGAGGGUGAAUGAAUAUUAAAAGUGGACAAACAGGCAUAAUAAAGGGUAGCGAGGGACUGAGAGCAAGAGAUUGAACCUGAUCAUCCCGUUCAUAGAGUCUAAAAAUGCCUCGCAAACUGUGGUGAGUAACUAUUGCCUGACUUAUAUUUCUUACUAUAUGGUUACAGCCCGUCACUUAACUCGCAGUCUAUCUGUAGAUGAGCUUUGGCAGAGAUGUACAUCAUAGAAGCUGUCAUCACCAGUUAAAAUCUUCUUGUCUGUUAUUAAAAAUGUGCUCACAAAAUUUUAUAAACUGCAUUUUAAAGCUUCAAAAGCAUUCAGAUGACUCAAUGGUGCAUGAAAUUAAUACAUUACCAUUAUCAGAGUCUAAAAAUGAUUAUAUUUGUUCGCAAUUUUUGCUUUUUAGAUCCAUCUGCCAUAAUUAUCCUUUGAUAAAUGUAUGAUGUAUUUUAGACUACACAGAGAGGCUAAAUGGGGAACGAGGCUUUAUGAGUUUAAGGCUAUUACACACUUAAUUGUAGAUAGGGAUUAAACAGGUUGUGAUAGUAUAAUAGAAGCUUGCUUUUUACUGGACAGAGUUUUAGUAAUUUUAUUUACAGAAGAGGGCAAAAGGUUUUCAGAGAAAGAUUUUUUUUUGCAGCCUGGUAAUGACUUUCUCCGGGAAAUUUGAUGGCUAUUGUCAAAAAGCUCUUUAGCCAACAUUGUUUUUCAUGGCCUCUGAAGAAAAUGAGAUUUGUUUUAUGAGAAGAGUGUUUUAAACCAAGUCCAGGUUGAUAUUUGGUGGAGCUGUUUGUUUUCAGUGUGCAAUAUGUGCUAUGUUUUGAGCGCAUCUUAAGAACAUUUCCACAGUUUAAUAGAAAAAAGAAAGACAGAUUACUGACAGACUGCAAAUACUGCGCUCAGUCAUCAGCAUUUAUGUUUUUGUUUAUGUGUAAGAGAGAGAGAGAGAGAGAGAGAGAGAGAGAGAGAGACUCUUCAGCCAGCUGCUCAGCACCUGUGUGUUCUCCUCUGUACUUCACAUUUGUAAUGCUGCUCAGUGGGACUGAUCUGUGGUCAGAACACUUCAUCUUCAUCUUCAUUUAUACUUUAAUGAUUUAAUUCUAUGGAUUCCCUUUGGUACUAUCUAAGUGUUAAUGGCAUGGUGGUAUUUGCUUCUAUGUCUUAGAAUAAAUGAAAUUCAGUAAGAGUGACAAGAAUGAAGCUCGAAUUUAACAAAGUAUAGAAAAAUGAAAAGGGGGAAGGGAGCUGAUGAUAAGGCAAGUUGACUUUUCUCUAUAGUAAAAACCCAUGGUAUUGGUGGUCACGUAUCUAUAUUGAUUGUCUACUAUGGAAACAAUAAAGAAGAACUGCUGCUUCUGUGGUUUGACAUUUAUACGCCCUCCUGGGGCCUAUUGUAUUCUGCAAAGGACUAACAUAGUGUUUACCAUUACAAAGAAAAACAUUAUAACUAAAUUUCCGCUGGCUUAUGUUUACUUUAGGUGAUGGCUUAUUAAAGGUCAGGGGACUCAAGGGGAAAGGCUAUGUGGAGCUUUAAUAAGCUGUGUCAUAUUUUAUGUUGAUGUAGUGUACACAUUUACAAUCUUCUACCUAAUGUACGAUGUCAUAAGAGAGAGUGGAGAGACAGGAGCAGUUAAGGCAGGACGACCUUCAGUCGCAUUUUUUCUUUUACACAAGAUAUGAGAUGUUAAAUAGACCAUGUUUAAAUAAUGCUUCCUCUAGUCUUCUAAUGACUCAAAGCACUUUUUUUUUACAUUAUAUGUCACAUUCAUCCAUUCACUCACUGAUGGCAGAAGCAAUUAUGUAUAGAGGCCAUCAGCUUUUGGCUAAUCCCAAGUACAUACCACUGGGCUCAGCAUGCAGUGGCAGGUAUAUUCAAGUGUCUUACCCACGGGCAUUUAAGGUUGUGGUCCUGUGAUCGUUACCCCCAACUUUGUGAUACAGAGACGCCCAUUCAUUUAUAUAUGAUUCUCCGAUGGGGUGCACUUGGGAUUGUUUAAGGUAGCUACAGUCUUUCACAGAGCUCUCUUGUUGGACUCCCUCCCUUUAACACCACCACUGAUGGUUGGGUGGGGAUAUCUUACAGUCAGGAGGCUCAUUUUGAUCCUAGUUCUGGGACUUACAUGUGGAAGAGUCCCUUAGCAAGACAAAAGAGUGAACUUGCCAACAAUUUAAGAUUUAGGCUUUUUAUUGUCAAUUUCAGCCAUAUGUGAGUGCAUACACAGGAAUCAAAAAGACGUUUCUCUUCAGCCCACAGUACAAAAAUACAAGAAUAUAUUCAUAAUACAAAAUAAAUUAAUUAAUAAAUAAUAAAUGGAGAAAAGUAUAAUACAGUAGGAGAGUGGUGUAUAUGUCCACUUCUAUGCAUGCUGUGUCAAUACACAUGCACCCUACACAUAAAGAUGCAUACGUAGCAACCAGAAAAAUGAUUCUGCUGUACAUGUAUGUAUGUCAGUGUAGAAUAUUAAUGUCAGCGGUGGACCACCUAACACUUGACAUGGCAGCCUCUGUAAUCAGUGUGAGUGUGUACAAAAAGGGUUGACUCAAGGAUUUGACAUGAGGGGUCAAACUACCUUGAAUGGUCAGAAGACCAAAGAUUAGUGCUGGAGUAUUGCAGUCGAUGCAUCACUUUGUAUUUUCAGAUCAUUGGACAUUAGGAGACCUUUCCUCUUGUGUGUCUAAUUGUUCUCCUUCUGCACGGGUGGCUGCAGGACUGUGUGAGAAAGCGGUAGAGAAACCAAGACCACAAAGAGCUUUUGAUAAUAUGAGUUUCUGAUGUGUUGAACUCCACCCAUCCGCAAGAGCAUCAACAGAGGAAGUGCAACAUCCUCCUCUCGUGCACAUAUAAUUCGAUCAAAGACAGAGAGUGUGCAUUGUAGCAUGAUUUAUAUCAGGUUUUUUUCUACACUUUUUUAUGUUUUAGAUGUGAUCUUAUGGUACGUUUUGAAAUUAAAGCUGACAAUUACCUUUCAACCAUUUAAUCAGUUACUUCAAAGAGCUCCCAUACCUAAUGGCUUAUAAUGGAAUUGAAGUAUAUGUUUUAACCAUUUCACUUCUUUUAAUUACUCCUUGCAGUGUCCAUUACUUUCUUUAAUGGUCUUAUAUGAAAAGUAUUGGGAGGUAAAAGAAAAAAAGGAGAAACGAAAUGACUGAAAUGCAGAAAAUUGGUCACUAGAGGGAGCAAUUUGUCUGUUGUCAAGGAUACUAACUCAGUAUCAAGCCCUGACCAGCCUGUAAUAACAUACCCCAUGUCAACACUGGCAUUUGUAACAGCUCUACUUUAAUUGACUCUAUUAGAAAACCAACUAACCUUUUUUAACUGAUGUAGUGCAAAUAAACUUCAAGAAAAUGUAUGAUAAUUGUGAUUACAUUUAACUAUAAGAGAAUAACAACAACAUAUAACAAAAACAACAACAAUCAUACUACUACUAUUAAUAAUAAUGAUAAUAAUAAUAAUAAUAAUAAUAAUAAUUAUUAUUAUUAUUAUUAUUAUUAUUAUUAUUAUUAUUAUUAUUAUUAUUAUUAUUAUUAUUAUCAUUAUUAUUAUUAUUGAUUUGUUAGUUUUUUAUUUUAUUUUUUUCAUUUUCCAUUUAUCUUUAUCUUUAUUGAUUCACUUUAAAUUUUUGCCAAAUUAUGUUCAAUAUUUAUUCUGGACAUCGAUUAGCUUUCUGUUCCCAUUUGUCAAAAAUUUUCAAAGUAACCUGCCGAUGACAAGAACCAAGUUUGCUUAUGUUAAAGGUUACCACUGCAUGCAAGUGUGUUGUGUUUUUUCAGCCAUACUGUUGCAAGCAACCUAUAGGGGGCCAAGGAUGUUGUCAUAGCAACAAAAACUGGGAUGGUCCACUUUGGUUCAUCACCAUGGUGAUAGGCCCUAGCUGUAUUACCUUUCAGCCAGACUAAAUUGUCAGUGCAUCUAACAAAACCACUGGAUGAUAAUCAGGCAAGCAGUGCUUAUUGGUGCCUGAAGCAGCAUCCGGGUUCUUCUAUCGCUGAUCUUCAGCCUGUGAGUGGAAAAGAAAAUGAGGGAGAUACAUGAGAGAUACAGGGAAUUGUGUUAUGAUAUCAACAGGAGUGUGUGUGCGUGCGUGCAUGCGUGUAUGUAAUCUUUCUUCUCAUGUAAUAGAUGUAACACGUUAUUACUGACAUUCUGAUACGAUGUAAAGUAGUCAAUGUACAGCUUGUGUAAUCACAGCGUAAUUUUACCGUUCCAACAAAAUAACUUAACACACAGCAAUUAAUGUGUACACCGCAAACAACAAAAGAGAGUACACCACUAAGUGAAAAUGUCCAAACUGGGCCCAGUAAGCCAUUUUCCCUCCUCUGUGUCAUGGUCAUGUCACUCGUUGGUGUUAAAAGGUCUCAGUUGUGAAUGGGGAGCAGUUGCGUGAAAUUUGGUGUUAUCACUCUCACACUCCCUCUCAUAGUGGUCACUGGAAGUUCAACAUGGCACCUCAAGGCUAUAAACUCUCUGAGGAUCUGAAAAAAAGAGUUAUUGCUCUACACAAAGACGUCCCAGCCUAUAUUGCCAACACCCUGAAACUGACCUGCAGGCAGCACAGUGGCCAAGACCAUACGGCAGUUAAAUAACACAGGUUCCACUCAGAACAGGCCUUGCCAUGGUCGACUGGGGACGUUGAGUGCGGGUGCUAGGAGGUUGUCUUUGGAAAAUAGAUGUUUAAGUGCUGCUAGCAUUGCUCCAAUGGUUGAAGGGGUGGGGGUUAGCCUGUUAGUGCUCAGACCAUACGCCCAACACUGCCUCAAAUUGGUCUGCAUGGCUGUCGUCCCAGGAGGAAGCCUCUUCGAAGAUGAAGCAAACAGUUUGCUAAACAAGCAGACUAGGACAUGGAUUACUGUAACCAGGUCCUGUGGUCUGACGAGACCAUGAUAAACUUAUUUCAGAUGUAGUCCAGCAUGUGUGGUGGCAAGCAGAUGAGGAGUACAAAGACAAGUGUGUCUUACCUACAGUCAAGCAUGGUGGUGGAAGUGUCAUGGUUUAGGGCUGCAUGAGUGCUGCCGGCACAGGGGAGCUGCAGUUCAUGUACAGGUGCUGGCCAGUAAAUUAGAAUACCAUCAAAAACUUGAUUUAUCUCAGUAAUUCCAUUCAAAAAGUGAAACUUGUACAUUAUAUUCAUGCAAUGCACACAGAUCGAUGUAUUUCCAAUGUUUAUUUCUUUUAAUUUUGAUAUUUAUAAGUGACAACUAAUGAAAACUCCAAAUUUGGUAUCUCAAAUAUUAUCUCGAAUAUUGAAAAGGCCAAUGAAAAAAAACAUAAAAAAAAUGUUUUUUUUGAAAUGUUGGCCAACUGAAAAGAAUGAACAUGAAAAGAAUGCCCAUGUAUAGCACUCAAUACUUAGUCGGGGCUCCUUUUGCGUCAAUCACUGCAUUAAUGCGGCGUGGCAUGGACUCUAUUAGUCUGUGGCACUGCUCAGGUGUUAUGAGAGCCCAGGUCGCUCUGAUAGUCGUCUUCAGCUCCUCUGCAUUGUUGGGUCUAGCGUAUUGCAUCUUCCGCUUCACAAUACCCCAUAGAUUUUCUAUGGGGUUAAGGUCAGGCGAGUUUGCUGGCCAAUCAAGGACAGGGAUACCAUGGUCCUUGAACCAGGUACUGGUGGUUUUGGCACUGUGUGCAGGUGCCAAGUCCUGUUGAAAAGUGAAAUCUGCAUCUCCAUAAAGUUGGUCAGCAGCAGGAAGCAUGAAGUGCUCUAAAACUUCCUGGUAGACGGCUGCAUUGACCUUGGACCUCAGGAAACAGAGUGGGCCAACACCGGCAGAUGACAUGGCACCUCACACCAUCACUGACGGUGGAAACUUUACACUGGACCUCAUGCAACGUGGAUUCUGUGCUUCUCCGCUCUUCCUCCAGAGUCUGGGUCCUUGAUUUCCAAAGGAAAUGAAAAUUUGCUUUCAUCAGAAAACAUAACUUUGGACCACUCAGCAGCAGUCCAGUCCUUUUUGUCCUUGGCCCAGGCGAGACGCUUCUUACGCUGUUUCUUGUUCAAGAGUGGCUUGACACACGGAAUGCGACAGCUGAAUCCCAUGUCUUUCAUGCGUCUCUUCGUGGUGGUUCUUGAAGCGCUGACUCCAGCUGCAGUCCACUCUUUGUGGAUCUCCCCCACAUUUUUGAAUGGGUUUGUCGUCACAAUUCUCUGCAGGGUGCGGUUAUCCCUAGAGCUUGUACACUUUUUUCUACCACAUUUUUUCCGUCCCUUCGCCUGUCUGUUAAUGUCCUUGGACACAGAGCUCUGCGAACAGCCAGCUUCUGUAGCAAUCACCUUUUGUGUCUUGCCCUCCUUGUACAAGGUGUCAAUGGUCGUCUUUUGGACAACUGUUAAGUCAGAAGUCUUCCCCAUGAUUGUGGAGCCUUCAGAACAAGACUGAGGGACCUUUUAAAGGCCUUUGCAGGUGUUUUGAGUUAAUCAGCUGAUUAGUGUGGCACCAGGUGUCUUCUAUAUUGAGCCUUUUCAGAAUAUUCUAAUUUUCUGAGAUACUGAAUUUGGUGUUUUCAUUAGCUGUCAGUUGUAAUAAUAAAAAUGAAAAUUAAUAAACACUUGAAAUAUAUCACUAUGUGUGGAAGGAAAGUAUACAGUAUACAAGUUUCACGUUUUGAAUGGAAUUACUGAAAUAAUUCAACUUUUUGAUGAUAUUCUAAUUUACUGGCCAGCACCUGUAUGCCAAACUGUACUGUGACAUACUGAAGCAGAAACUUGUCUGCUAGGGCAGUAUUCCAACAGGAUAAUGACCCCAAACACACCUCCAAGAUGACCACUGCCUUGCUAGAGAAGCUGAGGGCAAAGGUGAUGGAUUGGCCAAGUGUGUUUCUAGACCUAAACCCUAUUGAGCAUCUGUGGGUCAUCUUCAAACUGUAGGUGACAGAGCACAAGGUCUCUAACAUCCUCCGACUCUGCGAAGUCAUCAUGGAGGAGUGGAAGAUGAUUUUAGAGGCAACCUGUGAAGCUCUGGUGAACUUCAUGCCCAAGAGGGUUAAGGCAGUGCUGGAAAAUAAUGGUGGACAUUUUCACGUAAUGAUGUUGUCGCCAGCGGUGUAAUGUGAUGUUCUUUCAUUUCAUGCUUUUUUAUGGCUUUAUUGUUCUUUCUUUGUUGGCCUUAACAAGUUAUCUGCUAACACAUGGAACUUUGCUUUCAGACCUAGAAAUCACAUUUAACUCCAGCCCUGCUUUGCUCUUACUCCUACCUUCAUGCCUACAAUGUGUGCUACUACCACUAUCUCCCUGCGCUUGUGCUCUGCCAGUUAAGCAUGUGUCCCCCAGACAACCAACUCCCUCCUUGCUUUCAACAAAUAUUUACUUGUUGCAGUCAGCCUCAUGCUACACACACUCACUCAGUGGACUAGCUGAUAAGUGCACCAUCUGGUCUGAGUGCUGGCUGUUAAGGGCUCAUAAAACAAGCCCUUGUAAGCAGAGGACUCCCUGAGUGAGAAACUGCGGGGAACCAGUAAACAGCACUUAUAGGUUCACUUCUGCAUUCACCCAAGCACGGUUGCAUGCCGUCCCACCCACAUGUACAUCCAUAUCCACAGGGGAUGUAGGAGGUGAGACGGAUAGAAGGCGAGAGGAUCCAAGGAUGUACCUGUUCUUGGUGUAUCAGUGUUUCAUCUCUUCAGCUCUUGCUUACUUUCUUUUUGGAAACAGAUAAACAUAAAUGGAUGGAUAGGUGGAUGGACGGUUGGAUGGAUGGAUAGAUAGAUACUUUAUUGAUCUUGAGGAAAAUUUCAGAUGCAACUUUUGCAACAAACGUCCAUUAUUUUGAAUUAUUCAGUUAAAUUAUGGGUUAAAACUCAGACCGCAUAACUUAAAAGGGAGUGUUUCUAAUGUUUCUUUACUUUUAGUCAUUUAGUACUUUGAAAAUACUGAAACUGCUCUGUGCCAUAGAGCAAGUUACAGCCAUAAAAAAAGACAUGAGUAACACAAGAAUAAACAAAUAUCACACAGUAGCAAAUAAAACAUAGCAACAUCAUCUCCUGUAGAAUCAGUGUAAAAUGAAAAUGGGUAAAUUUAAGGGAACAAUGGAUAUGUGCUAAUGCGCAAUGGAGAGGGCAACUGUGCAUCAAUACUAAUGUUUGUUUUCUUUGGCAGUGGCACAAUGAUAGCUCACUUCAGGCAUUUCAGAUGCAUGGUGAAGAUACUUGUAACUACUUCAGCAAGUUGUUUCAUGCAGUCCUUGAGUAUCAAUCCAGGAACUCCAUCAGGGCCUGCACAGAGUGAACAGUACAUUAUUACAUGUACUCAGUGAGAGAGUCUGUUCAUUGUCAGUGGUUGGUGUUGUUACCAUGGUCACACUGUUGCUAGUUUCAAAGCAAGCGAAGAAAGUUGUUCAGCUUGUCCGGCAGUGUGGCAACCCUGUGUGGGCAGACAAGAUUACUUUUGCAGUCAGUGAUAUUCCUGAUACCCUGUCAGAAGCUGUUGGCGUUGGCGCUGUAGAUGUGGUCCUGCGAUAUCUGUAUGUGGAUUUGACCUUCUCGGUUGUGACCUAACACUGUAAAAUUAAGAAAAAAAAGAUGGAUGGAGGGAUGGCUUUCCUGGUCUAGUAGUUUAAAUUCUUUUUUAACUGAUUAAAUGAAGCACAGAAUUCUUUUUAUUACCACAAACAAACAUGGAAAUCCAAAUCAUAGUGACUCUGAAAAGCUUCUGUAAGAAAACACUUCAGCUGUUACCAAAACAAGUGUGAUUCUGUUGGAGUUUGGUAUUAUGUUUAUGUGCAUCCCAUUUCCAUUUGCAAAUCUUUGUUGUGUGUCCGUGAGUCUUCUACAAAACCAUCAAGGCUCGGCAGUGUUGCUGUUGAGAACCAGCCUUGGAGGAUGUUGUAAAUUAUGGUUUGGGUUUACUGCUGUUAGCUCAAACACAUAACAUAAGCUGGCAGUAAAUUACAACCUGUCUACUUGUAUCUGAUAGGAAGGCGGGUGAUGUUAAACAGAGUCAAGAAAAAGAAGGGUCAGAGAGACUUUGCAUGAUCCUAAAGAAGCUAGGGGGCAAUUAGACAACUCUUUCGACGGGACUGGACUGACAAUAAGGACAAGUCUUAUUUCUGUGUUUUUUUCUUUCUUUCUUUCUUUUGGCUAGUAAGCAGUGCAGUCAACACCUAUUUUUGGACUUUUUUUCAUAAGUUUAAAGAAGUUAUUUUGCAGCAAAAGGAAAAAUACACACACAUACACACACACAGACACUAUUAUACACUACAGGCCAAAAGUUUGGAAGCAAAGCCAUUACAGGUCGAACAGUUGGGAGUAACUUCAAGUUUUUGUUCACAAUGCUUUUUUUCAAAAUCCAGCAUGAGUUUUAUGUAUCUUGGGAUGUAUUUACUCCAUGAUCAGAUGUUGCUUUCAUGGAAAUGCACCAUUUUACUCCAUUUACCUUUAGAUAUACAUUGAUGUUAACAGACCAUUGCUAAAUAUAUGUCAGCAAAAGAUAAUAAGGGUUUAGUUUUAGAGUUAAAAACAUUUGCAAGAGUCACAACUUCAGUGCAAAAGCAAAAAAAAACUAAUUCUUGCUUCUAAACUUUUGGCCUGUAGUGAAGGUAGUAUUCGUCAUGAUCAUUGUAGAAAGGAUGGAGACGGAACCAUCUGUACUUUCUCAGAGGUAGUGAGAUUACAGCAGGUUUGAUUGAGCAUGCAGGGCUCACAUGGCCUUGAGCCACAAUAACAGUAAUCAUGUAACUGCACACAAGCUGGGCUGCACUGUAAGCAAACUGUAGCAUAUACAUGUGACCACACACACACACACACACACACACACACACACACACAAAAAAAACAGUUUACUCUCCUUGAGACCGACCUGUGACGAAUGUUGGUGAUAAACUAAGGAGGAAACAGCAAUAAAGUAUGUCUUUGAGACUAUAUGCGUUUGAGAGUGUGUGUGUCUUGUACCAGCCAUUAAGUGCCGACUAGACCAGAUAUAGAAGCCCCCCCCCCCCCCCCCCACACACACACACACACAGACGAAAGCUAUUUUAGACUGCUGCAUCACCCUAGAAGCAUCCAAAGUGAUAGAUGGGUUAUCCAUCACAAGGACGAUUGUUGUCUUGUCUGGAGCACAGCAAGUCCAGACUGACAGUGCACCAUGCCAUAGAUGGACAGUCAGAACUGAGAAGAAAUCACGUAACUCAGGGUUUUAUUCUGCUAAUUGAAUUUCGAAAAAUUAAUUGUAAAUAAGUUGUCUCUCUAGCAACUCAGAAUGAUUAAACGAUUCAAAAUGAUAAAAGGUGCGUUGCUCAAAUUCAACUGAUAACUCAUUCUGUUGUCAGUGUUAAAUGUGGAACAGGGCGCUGAAAUAUGUAAAAGAUAUCUUAAAUCCAUUCAGCACCAUGUACAGCCAAAGGUCAUUUCAACCUGCUAUUUCUUAAAUCAACAAGUGUUAACCUGCUUUGUUAUAUUGCUUAUAAUCUUGCCACUGAUUAAAUCAAUUCAAAGCUUGACGUGGCGCCAGGGUAUGUACAGUAAUGAUAUUUAGUUUGGUUUAUUUAGAUGCCAUUAGCUUUUGCAUCGCAGCAGCUAUUCUUCCGGGGUUCCACUCAAUUUAAAUGUGACACUACAUAAAAGCAAAUCAAUCAAUCAAUCACUUUAUUUAUAAAGCACUUUUCAUACAUAAACUUGUAUCACAAAGUGCUGUACACAAGAAGGAGAGGAUCAGGGAAUACAAAAUAAAAUACAAACUGCAUAUAUAUGUAUAUAUAUAUAUAUAUAUAGCAUAUGUUGACAUAACAAAACACAAUGAUAUUGUUAUAUUACCAAAUGUCAUCAAUGACUAAUAGCUAUUGACUGACAUUAGAAGCUUUUUUAUAUAAACACCACAAAAGAUGCUUUUUAAUGGAUUCCUGCCUACCCCACCUUUAAAGCACUGACUCUUCCUGACUCAGAAAUGUGAGGGGGGACUAUUUCUUUAGACACAGUAGUGUGUAAUCACUUAAUCUAAAGCAUCUAACAUAUGAGCCUUAAUGAGCUAGUGGUAUUCUUAUCCUUGCAUUGUGUGUGUGUGUGUGUGUGUGUGUGUGUGUGUGUGUGUGUGUGUGUGUGUGUGUGUGUGUGUGUGCGUGUGUGUGUGUGUGUGCGCAAAAGACUGUUGUCCAACUCCCAUCCCUUCUAUCCCUCUUCUCGCCUCCUUCUCCAUCUGUUGCCUCGUCGCUAACACAUGGUGUCUUAUUUUGCUGACUCAUUAAGGCCCUGGGCUCUGUGGGUCACAUGUAUGAUCACACACAUACACACCCCUGCAGUUUAUGCAUUGUGGAGUAAUGUGAGAAUACAGAGGGUAUAGAGUUUUUACAAUAGCCCAGAAAAUGAGACAGAAUGGAUGUAGCAUAUGGUGUCUUAUUACUGAGGGUGAAGGCUUAGAAAGACAAAAAGUAAAUAAAAAUAAAUUGGGAUCCAUUCAUAAUAAAAAUAAUAAUACAAUUUAUUUAUUAUUUAUUUAUUUGUAGUGCCCUUUCCAUCCAAGGAUCUCAAAGGACAUACAUAUGAGAUGUUUUUUUUUUUUUGGUCUGAUAAAUCUACCUGUGUGUUGAACUCCCACUGUGAAAAGGAACACGUUGUGAACAGAGGAGGCUGAUCAAAUUAGAUUAGAUUAGACUAGAUAAAAUUAGAUCAGAUCAAAUUAGAUUUGAUUACACAAAAUCCUGAUCAUAUGGUCAAAGUGAUAUGUAGGGAAUAUGUGGUGUGAACUGAAAUAUAUCUGAAUUAUGAUAAAGUCCUUGAAAGCUGUAAAAAAUAAAAAGAAAGAAAAAAGAAACCAGCAACCAUAAAUUCACAAAACCACAGUGAAGGUUUGACUGACAUGGGGUCUCUAACACAGAUUUAAUUGAUCAAGCUGGGUUGACAAUUAAUCUUGUCAGAUUCACCAGUAAACUGCAGGAAAAUUGCUUUUGUGCUUCCUAAUCCAUUUCAUCAUGGUCCAUCUGAGUUAUUAUUGUGAAGCAAAAACCUAUUUUUUACCAGAAUUAUAAGGAGGGUUAUUGUGUUUCAUGGCUUGAAAACAUUUUUGAUUGUUCUUAACCUGUGUUAAAUUGAUGCAAGCAGUGGAAAAACAGUAGGUAACAAUUCUGUAUUCUUUAUUUUCUCAUCGCAUGCUUGUACAUUAUAUAGACAACACAAUCUGACAUAUUUACAUGCCCGUGUUAUUAUUGUGCGCUGUCCCCUAAGCAACCAAAUAAUGUCAUCGAUGCCUUUUUACAUGUCAAAUACAUUCAAAGUAAUAUUACAGUUUACCUUUAAGCAAUUGUAGUAUUACCAUUUCACCAUUUACCUUUGAAGUCUCUAUGAUCAUCUUUUAAAUUAUGAUGAUAUCUGCUAAUUGCGUACAUUCACCAGCUGUACGUCAUCUAUGUCUGUAUCUGCAAUAAAGUUUUAGACAGCUACUGCAAAGUGAGUUUCUCAGACCUGUUUUGCAUAGGCCAGGAUUCUCAUAGAACAGAGAAUAAUUCAAUAAAUGUAGCAAGGGUGAAGCAAAACAGGAAAAUUGUUGGCUUUAAAACCAAAAUAAUGACUUAAUUAUUGUUCAACAUCAUGAAGUGCUGGUUCUGAUGAAAACUGUAGUUAACUGGAAGGUGUUUCAGCUUUAAAAUGUUACAAUGCCUCCAUGUUACAGUGUCAUUUAGCAGGACUACGACAUGGUUGAUUUUCUUUCUAAAUCACCAGCUUUAAACUAAACCUAACUGUAGAUGGUUGUUAACAAUAACUACAUUAUGUUUUAUUCAUUUUCAAUAAGAGACACACAAGAGUCAGCCAAAGAAUCAGAGACACACCUAAAUAUCUGCUGUUCCUCAAAAGAUGUUCCUGUACAUUUUGCACUUGGUGCCUUAAGGUACAUUUUCACCAAGCGAUCUGAUCCAGUUUGGUACAGUAUAGUAACCCUGAAUUUGAUGGGUUUAGGAAGGCAGUGUGUCAUCACUGAGUAAAAUACAGCUUUAUGGGCCUUUUGAAACACCAAUCAAACAUACAACUUUAUUGCAGAGUAGCUAUAUUGGAAAAUAUAUAAAAAAAAAGAGUUAUCUACUUGUAUUUAUUUGCCAACUCUCAGUGCUACCUCCCUAUACAAUAUAUAUCCAAGGCGCCAAUUAAUUUGCAGUGUUUUAAUAUACUUUAAGAUAAGAUAAGAAAAACGUUUUAAAAGAUAAUAAAAUGGUUUCUCUGGGCUCUGGGGUAUCUAUAUCAGCUGUGGGUGGAAAAAAAGGGCAAAGUCAGGUUUUGGGGGUUUAGAAAAUAAAACAAACAUAAUGGAAAUACAAACCUUUGGAUGGAAUUUAAGACCUCUAAAGCUUUCAUGCUGACUUGCCGAUGUUUAGUUUGUGCUUUUUUUGUUAUUUGAGCCAUCAGGGUUCAGCAGAAAUCCACUAAUGCUGGCCUUAGUUAUUUAAAGGGGGAAAAAAUGAACUUUAAGGGACAGUCUUCACGCUAAAAAGAAAAUAAAAACAAACUUUGUUGCUCGAUUCAGUAAGAAAAUAAGUUUACUUAAGAGUUAGUCACUUUUUUGUUGUAUUCAUUACUGUCCCAACUUUGCCAUUUAAGUAUUUGAUUUAUUUAUUUUUGUUUUGUGUUCAAGUUUGAAAUGGUACACCAUGCAGUAUAUUGCUGCUAGUGAGAGUUAUACACUCAACACCGCUGAGCUGUAUUCACUUUUUCACAUGUCAUUUAGUGUGAUAAACGGUCUGUACUGUGUAAUUAAGACUCAGAUUUUUCAUGUGAAGUUAACUUAUGUAACAGCUAUUACCCUGCCUCAGUACAGUGUUGUAACUCACUUAUAGUAAUUGGCAGAAGAGGAACAUGGAGCAUGCUGUAGUGAAGCUCCCAAACCACUAAUCUACCACUUUUUGUUUGCUUCUCUGUUCCUGGUUUGCUAUAACAGUGAUUUAUGACGCUUUUGAACUUAACAGCUCUCUUGUAGUUCUGGGAAAUUCUCUAUCUGACAGUUAAUGAUUAACUCUCUGUUCAAUACAAAAGAGUAACAUGUGCUAUAGAAGAGGCUACAUCUUACUUUGUCAAGGCAGGUAAAUAAGAGGACCAUAACUAUGAAACCAAAAAAGAAAAAGACAUAGUUAAUUUGACCAUCUCUCCCAUUUAGGUCAGUUUUCUAUAAUGAUAAAAACAGCAAAUUAGAAACAGAAGAGCCAAUGACAUACCAAGAAGGCUUGCCUUUCACCGACCAAUUGGUCCACACAAAUGAGAAAUAAAAGCUCAGUGCAUGAAAGUGUAUUGUGUUAAAGGAAACCCCUCACAAUCUAGAUCCAAAAGACAGUGGAAAACACAAAAACACAAUGUCAAUUUUCAGUAGAAAAACCGCAGAUAAAGUUGUAGGAGACAUGCUGGUUUGUAUUGUAAUAUAUACAUAAAAUAUUAUUGUAUCGGAUGAUUUUACAAAACCUCAGCAAAGUUACAUAAUCAUGAAUUACAUUGAUUUUAGUAUAAUUCAAAGAUGUAUUUUAGAGAGUUUUGCAAUAACUUUGUGAAACUGAAGGACACACCCACUCAGUGGCUUUUUGAAGGACACGCCCACUCAGCAGCUCAAGUACAACACUUUCAAGGACACUCCUUGGUGGGAGUGUGUCCAAAUUUUCCUUUUACCGGACAGUGUGACCGACUGCAUGGCUCUUCUCUUCUUUUCUUUUUGCUGAUUCAUUGUGGCUCUGAUGUUUUAGGUAUUCAUUUGACUGGUAAAGAAAGUCACAGCUAUUUUCCCCUCACGAGGACGAAUGAAAGUUAAUGAAAGUUAAAUUUAUUUAUGCGUUCAGCCACACAAAAGCCACAAUGUAGCUAUUUGUGCCACUUCACUGAUUAUCCUUUUUUAAUUAAGUCCAUUUCAAGCUGGAUUAUUGUCUCAGUUGUUAUUGAAAUCUUGGGCUGUUUCAGCUCCAGAGACCCUCCACGAAGUCUCAAAUCCAUUGGUUGCAAGUCAGACAGAAUGUAACAACAGUGACCAUAUGGUAUACUGACAGAGCUCAAUAGGGAGCUAAUUGGGCCAUUAUAGCUAGUCUCAGAAGGUUUCUGUAAAGGAAGAAAAUUCAUGUUGCUUCAUGGCUGCAAAGCUAUGUGAAAAGUGACAUCCAUGAGCUGCGUCUAAAUUUAUAUUACCAAACACCAGUAUAAGAUAAAAUAAGGAGUGCUGCAAAUCAUGCAGAGCUACUAUAAGGGUGUAUCAUGUUUUAUGGGUAUUAUGUCUCAUACCUACGUAAUAUAAGGAGAGUGAGUAAACUAGUUUUUUUUUUCCUAAACAGUGUUGCCAACCUUGCACCUUUGUCGCUAGAUUUAGCGACUUUUCAGACCCCCUAGCGACUGAUUUCAAAAAAGUGCUUAGCAACAAAUCUAGUGACUUCUUCUGGUGUUUGGAGGCUCUGACAUGAAAGCAGGUAUCAAUGUUACUCUUCUUAACGGGUAGUGGGUGUUCACCAAAAAUACAUACACAUACACACACAUACAGACACCCCGAGGAAGACUCCUCAGUCCUCCUCCAUAGACUGAGUGUGUGUGUGGUGUUGGGGGGGUGACAGAAAAAUUAUGCAAAUUAGGCGAUGACGUCAUCUAGUGACUUCUGGGACAGCCACUAGCGACUUUCCUGUCUGAGGAGUUGCCAACACUGUUCAGAGAAACUGUUGAAUCAAACCAAUGCAAUUUGCUUAAAAUAUAACUUCAAAGCUACAUUAUUUCCUACCUGUCAUAUUUCAAGUCAAGACCACAUUCAGUCUUAUUUCAACUGUAAGCAUAGAACAGGAUCACAACAUUGAUUAACACAGAAACAGGGCACUAUAUAACCUUUAUACGAUGACAUCUACUUUUUGCUUUAGUUACUUUGAUUUAUUUGACAACAUAACAUUCAAGGGCUCAUCUUUUAUUAUGGCACACUUGACAUUUUCAUUUUGACACUGUUGUUUCCUCAUUAACAUGUGUCGCUUGCUACUGUUUGGCCCAAAUGCUGGUCGGCGCUUUUAUUUAACACACAACUGCAGACCCUUACACACAACCAGGCAGCAGAUAUGGACAGCUGAAAAUGGAUUUCACAUACAAGUGUCAUGAUAAGCUGUCUUUCUAUUUUCACGCCACUAUAGCGCAGGGGGAAUUGGAAAAUAAAAGGCACAGGAGGGAAAGUGAGAGAAAGGAGGGUGAGUGUGAAUGUGCAUGAAGACCCUGGAGAGACUCAUCCUUGAACAUCUAAGGUCGACUGUCAGACACCUCCUGGAUCGGCUCCAGUUUGCCUACCAACCCCGCCUGAAAGUUGAGGAUGCCAUCACCUUCCUGCUCAGCUGUGUCUGCAUUCACCUGUACAAACCAGAGAGGUGCUUUUGACACCAUCAGGCUCUACUGUGGUGGAUAACUUUGUUGUAUGAUGUGAGCAAAACCAUCUCCAGCUUGAUGCACCAAAAACCAAGGAACUAGUCAUGGAUCUGAGGAGGACAAAGGCACGAGUGACCCCUGUUUACAUCCAGGGGAUCAGUGUGGACAUUGUGGAGGACUACAAGUGCCCAGGAGUAUACUUAGACAACAAACUGGACUGGUCUAGGAACUCUGAAGUGGUCGACAUGGAGGGACUGAGCCGAACUCUACUUCCUCACGAGUUUAAGGUCCUUAAAAAUCUGCAGGACGACACUGAGGAUGUUCUAGCAGUCUGUGGUAGACCAGUGUGAUCCUGGUUGCUGUUGUGUGCUGAGGCAGCAGACUGAAGGUAGCAGAAGCAAAUAGACUUAACAAACCCAUCCACAAAGACAUGACAAUGGAUGACAAUGACAUCCACUGACAUUAGCUGCAUUUACAUGGGCACAAAUAAUCAGAAUAAAGACCCAAGUGGUUCAGGUCCAUUCUGAGUGGAGGGGAAAAUCCUGAAUUGGAUGAAGUGAGCCACUACCCCAUUUGUGGGUUUGUUGACAGCACAGGCGGAAAUACAAUACAACUCUGCCUAUGUCCAAAUGAUUCUAAUCUGAAUAAAGUUUGGUACAUGUAUACACAUGUCAUGAUCUGAUAACUUGAUUUUUGCGCCCGUAUAAACAGUGGAUUCAGAUUUACUGAACCGUAAAAAUUUUAAUCAGAUCAAGAAACUUUGCACAUGUAAACAUGGCUAUUGUUGCGGUAGUGCUGGACUUUCUAACGAUGGUGACAGAGAGGAGGAUACUGUUGAAGUCACAUGUGAUCUUUGAUAGCAUCCACCACCCACUCCAUAACGUGCUAAUUAAACACAGGAGCACAUUCAGUGUCAGACCCAAGUGCGCCACAGAACGUCACAGGAAGUCAUUCUUGCCUGUAGCCAUCAAACUUUAUAACUCCUUCCUCUGAGUGUCACACACUCUGUCUGGCACUUGACCUCUUCUCUUAUUCUCGUGUAGUAGCUGUAAAGUUCUCCACUGAAUAUAAUUACAUUCAACUGUGCAUACUGUUUGUAAAAUGGUCAAACUUCAGUAAUCUAAGUGUAAUACUAAUAAUGCAUUGUUGAGCUAACUGUGCAAUAUUCUGUGCAAUAUCCCACACUACAGACUGGUUUGGUAUACACUCUUAAGGUCCUUUCACGCCGUCAUGCGAUUAUUUUGGAUGUCAGAAUUUUUUUUCUAACCCGUAUCCUGUCAAUACAAGCGUUCACAUCAGUGACGUUUUCCCGUCCUGUGCUAUUGCGGCAUUAAUUUUUCGGAUCAUGGUCGAUUUUUCUAAAGUUUCACAUACUGUGUGUCCACUUCUGACCAAUCAGAUUCACCAGUAUAUCCAACAUGGCCGACCGGCUAAAUGUUUACGUGUCGGAGAACAGAGUGCUUUUUGAUAAAAGACACAAACAUUACAAAGAAAACAACCUGAAGGACAACAUAGCAUCGGAUCUCUAAUAUGACGAUAGUUUGUGUGCUUUAACAGUUUGCUAAGCGUCUUUGUUUUAACUUUCAUCUGUGCUAACGUAAGCUAACGGUUGUUACUAUAGUUUCAUGUGCUUAUCUUAACGUCUCUGAUUGGCUGUAAGUGCUGACCAUUUGGCUUGAGCGUGUGAUGCUGUUUCCAGACUUUGUGGAGAGUCGCAAAAUCGCGUCUUGAUGUGUAUAGUCAGGCGCGUCAAAAUUCUCCUCCGAAUAUUUCGUAAUUUCGCGUUCUAUAUUCUAGGACCUUUAUGCUUGUACAUAGCUUAUUUCUUAAACGCCUUGUAAAUAGCUUUAUUUCUAAUAUUCUGCACUUCUUACUGACCGUUGCAAUUUUUUAUUUAUUCUUAUCAGUUCCUAUUUUGAUUCUCCUUCUUCUUAUAUUUGUAUUUUCAAGAGCAAUUGUAAUGCUGUGGCGAGUGAAUUAAAUAAAGUGUUGGGGGAUGGUGUUGUUACUCAGCAGCAGUCCUGAAGGUCAUUUUCCGCUGUUCGGAUGAGCAUUUGGUGUGUGUGCAUAAGAGCCGAUGUGUGAGUGCAUGAGUGCAAGUGUGUGUAUCAAGGCUAGGUCUAUUAUCUGGACUGCCACAUCAUAAAUUUUGUUCUUUUCAGCCACAUUGCAGACUGUUUUUUUCCAUGUAAGACCGCACAAGAGCUUGAAAGAUGGGUUACAUUGAAGACUGUUUUAGAGGCGCUUGAGAAGCUGUUAAGUGGCAAGGCUGAUAAAUAGAUAAAACAAGAUGAAUGUGUAUUUUGAAAAUAUGGAGUGUCGGAGUCAUUGAAGAGCAUGUUUAUCAUUUACUUUUUAUCAAUGAAUAUUUGCACCAUUGUCUUAUUUUGUUUCUAUCUACAAGUACAGACUGUUGGUGUGUUCAUCACACAAACAAUAAUGCUGCACUUGUGGGUGUCUGUAAGAUGGAGUGGGGUAAGUGGAGAGGAGAGGGGAUGAACAUCAGCAAGAGGAGUUUGUGUGAGUGACAGUGAAUAUAUACAGGUGUUUCAUCUCCUCUCGCCUUGAUGACGCACAGUCGAACCCUAGUGGAAUGACUCUGUGUGUGUGUGGUAUGUGUCUGUGUGUGUGAGGGGUAAAUGCUUUUUCAUAGCUCAUCUCUGGAGACAUAAAAUAGUCUAGCUUGUUUGUUUCAACCCAGGUGUCGGGGAAAUCCUCAGGUGGUUCUGAGCCAGAGAGCGAUGAUCUUUAUUCUCUCAAUCAAAAUCACAAAUAUCAUUUUUUGAGCGGAAAAUCUUCCAGGAGUAAGAACCACAAUUCUUCUAAGCUUUUCCCUGGUGGUUGUCGAGAGAAUACAGCCGUAGGGGUCCUCUGGGCAGAUGCUCUAGCAGCUGUCUGGUUGCCAAGGCGAUGAUCACUAACAGGAAGAGCAAUGUAGGAGAGAGAUGGGACCUUCUAGUUAAUUGUUGUGCUUGUUGUUGCAGUUAUCCUCGCUCAAUCCCUCCCCAGCUGAUGUCAAAAAAUUACUGACAUCUCAUCUACUCAGAGAUCUUUGUUUACAUUCUUAAUAAGUCUGCAACACUCAUUUCUGCAAAUCUUAAGAAUUUUAUUAUUUUUACUCAUUAGAUUUUUUUGGCAUUAGGCUUUAGGAUGCGUAUCUUCUGUGUCCUUGUCCUGUUUUGUCUGUAAACUGAGAUGUUUGCUGGUAUUUUAAGAUCUUUGCCAUCACUGUUGUUCUUUUGUUUACCCAAAUGAAUAUAUAUUCGUGUUUGAUAUUUCAUUAAUUUUCUUUUACACCUUUGAAACAACAACGACAAGCCUGACUAGCUGUGUGAUGUGGUUGAUUUUAAGAAAAUUUAGGGUUUCUUUCCUUUCCAAUAUGAUAUGUAUGUUGAUGUUCCUGGUUAGAUUGUUUAGAGACAGAAUACAUCUCAAAACAAUGUUGUCUCUUUGUCUUGAUCAACAUGAUGUGACUGACAACUCUUCUUUAUCUGGUUAUUUUUGGAGACUUUAUAUUUAUAGUGCCAUUUUGCAACGAUUGUUAUUCACUUCAGAGAAGAGCAGGUCAAGUCUAUUUUUUUUCUUCUUGUUUACAAAGACCCAAUAUUAAGAUGGGAUCCAAUGAGUCAGUCUUAUCUUAAUCUGCAAUAAGCAGAGUACUUUGCAGCUGAAAUUUAGAAAGACAUUCAAUAAAUGAGUAAAAGAUUAGCCAGGUUGGUUGAAGGAAAAAAAAUGACCGAAGGUUAGACCAGAGGUCGCAAUUCAUCAUAUUAGCCAACUCUUUGCUCACUUACACCCACAAUCAAUCAAAAAAAAUCAAUAAGUUGUUUGAGCUUCAAACGGGGGAAAAGACGAGAAGGUGGCAAGAUGGAAACAAACAUGUCAGAUCAUCAUAUUGGCUCUGGUGUAAAUGUAGGACGGGCAGCCUGUCUGGAAAAACACAAGAGCUAGUAGGAAGUUUUUGGUUGAAAAAAAUACAUAUAUACAACAUAUAUACAUGGACUGGUAAAAAAUGUACAACAGGAAAAUAUAAGGUGGUAAAGAACAACAAAAAACAGCUGUGUGAAAAACAAUGUAGUCCACCUAUAUGUGUACACAAGAGGAUAAGUAUUAUUUUCACUCGGUCUCACACAAUCAUGUUAAUUCCAUAGGGUAAGGUUUCAGCUCUUCAGCCUGUUUGCGUGAAGAUUUCACAGAGUGGGACAGAACGUGUUUGUCAGACAGAUUGGGUGAGAGUGGCUGUGAAAUCAUAAAGACAAGCAUAGAUAGAACAAGGUCAGGGAGAUUAAUCUAAAAUUGUUAACAAGGUAAAAACAAGGGCAGGGAGAGAUGGAGGGGGGGGGGGAGCGCACAGCAGAGAAGAGGGUGGAGGUAGAGGCGGUCUUUGGAAAAACUCCAGCCUAUGAGACAGAGGAGGGAGGGGCUCAGCAGUGAGAAUAGAGGUAGCAGAGCAGCAACAGACAGACACAGAGGAGGAAGAAGCAGAGCAUGUCAUAGAGGGAGGAGAGGUGGGAAGGUAGAUGGAGAUAGAGACAUGCAGUACUACCGUGUGCGUUCCUGCGAGGCAGUCAGCGGCGUAACUCUCUAUCCUGUCAUCAUGACGCCUGAUUUGAUAUGGAGCUGCAAUGCACAGAUUCUCCGCAAAGGCAGACAAUGCAGAUAGAUGUUCACCUUGAGCUGGGGUACAACUGGACAACUCUGGACCUCUUGGAUUACAAACGAUAAUGCCUAAUGAUCUCAUCACUGAGAAAAGCAGAGAUUUGAUCAGAUCUGACAACCUGUCUAUCAUAUGAGUCUUGGGAAUCUUUAACUUUUGGAUCAACGUUUGAGAUAUAAGUAGCAAAAUCUGACAUAAAGACUAAACUGCCAAUCCAGGACCAGAAAUCAAGCUGGUACUUUGGCAGAAACUAGCUAGCUGUCUCCAAACCUGACAGCAUCCAGAACUACAGAUUGUUUCCUCUACCACCCACGCUGGAACCUCGCAAAGCUACGACCAAGCAGGUCCUUCAGCCUAGGGAUCCUGGAAACGGCCUGACCUUGGAUCAGUUAUCACCUGAACCCCUUCUGGUACCCCCAGAAGUGCCCAGCAUGUCUCAGACCAGAGGGCGGUUCCAUAACAAAAAGGCUGGCAUUAGGGCUGCUGUGAUCUUGAUUGGACUUCUGCACAAGUCUCGAAAAGCCAAGGAGAAGGAGAGAGAAAAAGAGGAGAGCGAAGGGUUGGUGAAGUUUGUCCUGUUGUGUCAUCUGGUGAUGCUGGCAUGCUGAGCGGUUAUGAUGAUUUAGAAACAAGUAGAGUCCUAAAUGGAGUGUUGAGUUGAUGAUAAGUUAUAAGACUUUUAUUCUGUUGCGCUGUUUCUGUUCUUCCACAAGGGAGAGGAACUAUUUUUGUUUCGUUGAGUUUGACCCUCCAGUUCUAUAACAGGUUCCUUUUGUGAGUGUGCUUGACUGUGUGGUUGUGUGAUUCUUGCUGACUCAUUUGGUCAGUGGAAAUGUCAAGCCGGGAAGAUAGAUAGGUGUAUGAUUGAAGGUGAAUUGAAGUGUAAGUGCUUUGGAGCAAAGGAGAGACACUUAGAUGACAAAAGUAAAGUUGUGGCAGACUGAGGGAGAGAUGAAAUCUGAAGUAUCAUGAAAGCGUGGUGGCAAACAAAAAGGAGGGCUGUGCGGAUGAUUUCUCUUAAGGUUAGCAGAUUAUGCCGUUGCGAAAAACAACAACUAACACUUGUUGAUGUGUGUAUGCUGAUGUAACUUUUUUUAAACACAGCGUGUAGUAUAUCAUUGUUUAGGAAGUGAACUGGCUUGGACUACAGUGGGUGGUCUGCCUAGAAUAAUAGGAUAGAAAAAGAGCAUAAUAACUGUCUAACUGUCUACAGCCCUGUGUUUACCAAGCAGCUGUUACAGUGAUAAAGCAGAGUUUGAAUUAUUUAUCACUGACUUUGAAGCCAUCAACGGACACAACUUAACAUUUUUCUUUUUAGUGUAAAUCUCAACAACUACUUGUAUUUAAGACUUUCAGGCAGAAGUAAAUUAGAACAGACUGGACUCAAGAGCACUGUUGCCACAUUUCCCACUCCAAACACACCUGAUUUCAAUGCAUGUCUCGUUGGGUGAGGAUUAUCUCCCUGCCAGUGUUUUCUUUGAAUGGUGCAGUCAACAAGACCUUUGGGAAUAUCCCAUCUGGCAGACUGGCAACAAGCAGUUCAAGUGUUUAGCUGGGUUAAGGCUACUCAAACUGUGUCCCCUAUGUGUCCUCCAAGCAUAUUAAGUUGAACGAAACUCCAGAGAGCCACACAGAGUUCCUGUGAUUGUGGUAGAGAAUAUUUGAUUUAGUGCUGCACAGUCGCGCUGAUACACAACAAACAUGCUCAGAAACACUCAUGUCUUUGGAUUAUUUUUCACUUUCUUGCUUUUUAUGGUGUAUUACAUCCUGAUGUAAAAUGAAAACAGUACAAUAAUUGGAAAGUGAAUGUUGCUGUGUCACGUAAUUCGCAGCAAAAUAGUUGAUGACAUUGCUCUGUAGAUGAAAUACUUAUCUUUUCAACGUUAUGCCAGGGGUUUGUUGCUGGGAACAUAUAUCUCUUUGGGCCCUAUCACCACAGCCUUAGCUAACCCUGUACAUGAAUAAAAAAACAUGUCUCUAUUACACAAAGCAACUCAACUUUAAAAAGCUAUAACUUUGAUUUGUAAUACCUGAAAUCAGGAGUAAUGUCAGUAGUAAAGGUAAUAUUUCCUCAACAAGAUCUGUAUGACUGGCCCUCUGUCUCUUUUAGUGCCAUCCUGAGAAUGUUUUAUCUUUCAUCAUCUCUGUCUGACAGUUUUUUCCUGUUGAUUGGUUAUCCGUACUGGCCAUUGACCCGGGUCCUCUGGCAAAAACUCACUUUCUUCGCCCUUCUUCUGUCCUCUUUCCAUUAUUAUCACUAUUCACUGUCCUCUUCACUUCCUUUAUUCUCUGUCCCACCUUUCUCCUUACUAUCUGCUUCAAGGGCUGAACCCUUUUUUGUUACGCAAAUUGCUGAAUAUGUCUCACUACUUUUAAAACUCUAAUAUUUUCACCUGACAUCAAAUACAAUGUGUUUAUAAGGCACGAUCAGGCUUGGUUUUUACAUUACUGAAAUUUGAAGCUGGAAAUUUUAAUAAAUCCAGUGGUAUCUCAUAUGUUAUGCUAGCUACUUAGAAACGUGCUAAUUAUCACCUUUAAGUUGAAUGUCUUUACAACAAGGUAGUAUCUACAAGAGAGAGUAUCCGUUACCAACUGGGGGGUUGGGGUUCGAAUCCCAAAUGACACACAUCUGUAAGGAGUGAAUAACAUCUUCCAGUGUGGGUCCUUAGGCAAGACCCUUAGCGCUAUGGCCUACCUCAUUAACAUGAGUGCGCUACCAUUGAAAGCCAAACUGGCUCAGACAUCGCCAGAGUUAACAAGGUCUGAGACAAAAAAAAAAAAAAAAAUCAGAAAAAUUUUGCAAAUGGCUUAACAGGCUAAUAUCCCUGAUAUUAAAAUGGAUAAAACCCAUAUACAUAUAAAUUAUUGUUAUAACAAGUCCCCAGAUCAGAAUGGCAAGGGUUUCCCUUUACUUCCACCUGUGCUAGUCUGUGUUCAACCAGAUCUGCUUGGUGCAGAAGUGUCAUCCUGAUAUCUUACGAGAUGUCACUUGUUGAAGGAAGACAGUGAAAGACAAGUGAGUGAAUGACACCAGGAGAGUCAGUGAGUACAGGAACUGGUGCAGUGCUUGUUUGAGAGCGGUGAUGUAGUGACGUUCAUUUUAGAAACAUAAAAGUUUGUCUGGUUUUGAUAGUGCCUUUGAAUAUGAUGGCUAACCGUAUUUGUUUAGUGUCCCAAUAAAGGACAAGUUGUGAGCAAAUGAGGAGAAAGAGAAAGAAAAAGGGUCAACAGGCAGUGGAGGGCCAAUCAGCUGCUUCAAGGCCACAAAGCUUGGGAGACUGGUGGUUGUUCCUGUGGGUGCUGUGACGCCCACAGAGGAAGAAAGUCUUGUGAUGUGAUGAGUGGGACCUGUUGAUGCCUAACAACGUCAGUGGUGGUGUUGUGUCCGGGGUAUCAUCCGUGGACACAACCUCAAAGGAUUUGUAAUAACAGUCUGAGCCUGUCAGCGGUAAAAUAAAGCACUUUAAGUGGAUGCAGUUUAAUGAUGCUCAAUUGCCCGGUUAAACUAUGCUUGAGCUUUUUUCGCAACUGCCGGCAGCUCCACUUUUCCUCAAUACUGGACCAAUUUCAGAACUGUUAUCCCCAUCAGCCAAGCACAAUAAUUUCACACCUCAAUCUGCAGACCAGUCUCUUUCAAUAAUCUGAGUUGUCAUCACUCAGACUCUAUAUCUUUAUCUUUUGGACUUCUAUGCUCUGGCGUGGUUAGUCUGAAGAGAUGGGCUCGGUUGAAAACAUAUGUAUGGUGUGGUAAACUCAGCUUUUUGUCCUCGAAUCAAGUCAGUGAGAUUGGGUGAGAUUAGAUAAUCUUACAGAUGAAGCAGUUUCAGAGAGAAGACUGGAAUCAGUCGGUCAAUAAUGAUGAGAUGUAAUUUAGUAGUUUAUUUUAGCAAUUAUGGAGCAUAGUACUGUACAGAUUUCUAUGAAUAUGCACUAUAUUCACCAAACAGUAUUCUUUUUUCUAGCACUGCAGGUUUGGUUUAAGUGUAGUCCACUCAGUGCAUAACACCCAACUAUAAGGUUACAAACAUGUUGUAGUCUGGGACAUAAACUGUAGGAGUCUCUAUGAUAUUGAGAAUCAAGGUCAGGUAAAUGUCUUUCAAAGAUCUCAUGGCAUCAUUUGUGGAUCCAGACAAAAACAAUGCUGACAUUUGAAAACAAAAGCAGCAGGACGUAACCUUUCACUGGCUUUAAUCAAAGGCCUUCAGCAUGAAUAUGAUGAAUCUAGUGUCAGAGAUACACUUUAUGGCUGAUCAGUCUUUUGAGCCAGUUUUCUAGUCAGUAUAUCAGCUGCUAUGGAUUGGAGAGCUCAUCUGAGAGGAUAGUCGUCAACAGCACAGCAGAAAUGGAAAAGGAAAAAGGUGAGGGAAUUUAGAGGGAUGAUUUAGAUAACAUUCAAUGCAGAAUAUUUUGUCAUGAUUUAUCUGGCCUGUUGAAGAAAUGGAAUACCGUUGGAGUUGUCAUGUUGUUUUUUAAUUAUAAUUUUAAACAUCUAACGUUAACUGAUUAAUUAAUGCCAUGACCAUCUGACUUGUUUUAAAGAUUUAAAUGGUAGGGGAUCUAUGUUUUAAAGAUACAACACGCAAAAUGAAAUUGCUCCUCUUGUCUUCUUCCAGCUCGACAUGUCAUCUCUGGAUACACAAUACUGAGUGCAUGACAGGAAGGCAAGAAAUAAAGAGACUACAGACUAACCAAGAAUAGCUUUUACUCAAAUAUUAGCAUAAGUGGAUCGCUCCCAUGCAGGUUCUCAUGCAAUCUUGUUUGACAGCUUAAAACAACUGUCUUUUUUUAAAUUAUAACUAUAAAGGGUAAAAAAAAAGUCUAGAAGAAAAUCUGCAUUUAUUGAUAAAUAUUAAAAUGAACAGAAAUUGAUUUGAAAUUAAAGUGUGUGUCUGUGUGUAAUCUCACAUAUGCAGUCUGGCCAGGUCUUUGUUGAAGAGCAACUGCACUUGUUCGAGGUUCUUGAAGACAUUUUGCCUUUCGAAGCCUUUUGGCUGGUUACAGUUUAUAUAUUGUUGAUUGUGUUUCUUUUAAUACUGGAUGUUAAAAUAAAUGUCUAUGAUCAGGGUAGGCCUCUAAUGUUUACCAUACCUGGCAACCCUUUUCAGAAGUCAGUGCCACAGUUUCACCACCCCAAUAAAAAAAGUAUGACUCCACCACAGGACAAGAAACAUGUUGGCUGAACCCAACCUUGCCCCUAUUUCUGUAGGCCAUCUAGUCAUUCAAAGUGUAGAUUCAGACAGAGAGGUGGAUUAAGACAAGCAGAGCAACAACGAAUACAGAGGGUAGGUCUAUGGUGGCUACAAAGACAGUAAAAAUGGUAGAUGUAUUUUGGUCAGGAGAGACUUCAUUGGUAAACAAUGAAGUCGCUAUCACCAGAAAACUGAGCCUGGGGGCAGGAGCUCUGUGUCAGGUUUCCCAAUAAUCAAGGCAUCGCAUCAUGACAAAGACCUGGUCAGAGCCCUAGACAGCUAGCCUUAAUUAUAACCUUUGUCAAAAAUACAUUUUUUAAAAAUGAUAAGCCUACUCUUUAAGGUGCAGUAUUUAGAAGAAUACCGGUAGUAUUUAAAAACUGCAUUAGUAAAUGACAAAUUAAAAGACAUCAUUUCCAAUAUGGGUCAUUUUUGACCCACUUAUGGAAGAGCGUAGAGCCAAAUCACCUAGGUUUUGAAAUGUUAAGCUGUUUUAAUCAAUGAUACAUUUCUAAAUGGGUUGAAUUUGACCCCAAUAAUCUGUAAGGGUUGUAAUCUGUAAUGUUUAGCUCACUUGUGUCAAGUGACUGUGGAGAUGCUGUUUAUCUAGUCCACUCACUUGCAAGUGCAGGUUAGUGUGAUGCUGCUUUCUACAUCUGCUCCUUGUAAUUAUAGGGAGACUUUAACUCCAUCUAGCCUUUUUAUUAGUUUUGAUUUUAGUGUCUUAUAUUGUUUUGACCCUCCAGUCUCUCUGGCUAUUUUAUCCAGUCAAAGCUUCAGUCUUAAGCACUUCUUAUUUCUUCUCUGAGAUGUGUUCACCUUUGCCCCCUGCCCCAUGUAGCAUCAGCCAAAAGAGCUUAUCAGAGCUGUAAAUGUCGAGUCCAAUUUUAAUAUUACAUGAGAUUUUGAUGGGUGACAUGAUUUUCAUCUUGUCUACUUCAAUAACAUCAGAGUUGAUGGCUGCUUUCCUUCAGUGUUUGCCAUCUUAUCUUUCCUGCACUCAGUGCUCUCAAUCUCUUUACAAGUCAGGUCUUUCUCCCUUUCUCUGUCUCCAAUUACUUUUCUAUUAACUCUAUUAGAGAAACCAUCAGUUGCAUAAUUGGCCAAUUGGCAUGAGGAUCAGGCUCCUUAUCGAGUUUCAUUACAAAUAUGAAGUACAACUGGAAACAGGCAUGGGUAGUUAGCCCCCUGAGAGGGGCUUCAUAUCCGAGUCAAGAAGUUCAUUCACUCCUUAAUCUUUCUUUUUCUUUCCCUCCGUUCUGUAUUUUUAUCCCUCUUCACACCAUCACCCUGGCUUCCUGUUUCCAUUCUCCCAUCACCUCUUCUGCUAUCUGUUUAUCACGUGGCAGUGUGUAAUGGUGUUGUUCAGUUUUUUUCUUUCUCUCCUUGACAAUCUCCUUUUCCGAGCCCAAGCUCAGGCCUUAUUUCCUACCAACCUAAUCAUAUCCAAAGGGGAAAUCAAAAAAUGAAAUGACCGAGAUUUACUGUAUCCUCUCCAUUUGUCUUGAUUCCAUUAUGUAAUUGCCCAUUUAAGCGUUUAUUGAAUACUGGAAGUACAGAGGGAUAGAUGCACUGGAUGGUUUGGAGGAUUUUUCUUUAUAAAUAAAUAAAAAAAGAAGACACACAUUGUCUGGACAAUCAUACUGACACUAUAGAAUGGAAUAAUUCUAAAGUAGUAAUGAAAUUAAAAAUUUAGAAAAAGGGGAUUGAAAUAAAAUUAAAACAAUUAUAUCCACUGUUGACGUUGUUCACUUAUAAGUAGUUAGUUAUUGCACAAUACUCUACUAGGUUAUCUAAACACACAUGGUGUGCAGCACAUUGACAUAAUAACCUAAAAAACUCAAGGACAAAUACAGAACAUGAAAAACUUUUUAAAUGUUAAAGCACUAUGACAUGUUGGCACACUAUGAAUCAGAUAGUAACUGAAGUGCUGUGAAUAUGAAAUGCAUCAUAGACUGUGUAUAGUAAGAAUAAGAACUUUAUUAAUCUCGGAAGGGAAAUCCAACAUGGAAUCAUGGACAACGUGAUUUUGCCUCCCGUCAUUAUACAAAUUUAAAGCCAAAUUGCCCUUGGUAUUUUCAGAAUUUUCUCUUUUCCUGAAACCAGCACUUGCACAGUAGUGUUCUUCGCUCUGAUUAAAUAGCGUGAUCUACACAAUCUUUGUACACCCAUAGGCUGUAUCAAGUGUUUAAAAAUGGAGCUGCACAGAAAAAAGAGGACUUGAGCACAGGCCAGUCUUACAAUAACUACAUGUUAACAUCGUAACCAGAGGGGAGAAAAACUAAUACUCCAUGUAUUUACAAUUUAAAGUUCAUCCGCAGCUCCAUUAAGUUUGCAAGAGGAGGUGGGGUUUAUGAGCUAUACUGCAACCAGUCACAAGGGGGUGCUGUUCUCGGGGGGAGGCAGAUGACUUCCAUUCUAUACACAGUCUAUGAGAUGCAUCAAUGUGUGUUGAAGUUUGGGUUAGAUUUAGAUAUAAAAGAAAUGUUAGAUGUGCUAAGAAGUAUGGAUUGUAUCAAAAUAAUAUACAACACUAUAUAAUUAUAUUCAUUGUUGUAAAAGUGAGAAAUCACAAGAUAUGUUUGGUGGUAAUUUGUGUAUGUGUGAAUAACGGCGGAAACUCUGGUGCGAAAGUGACAGCAAUGCGAGGAAAAGAUGUUGAUUGUAGAGGCGUGACAAUCACCACAUUGUAGUGCUGGUCCUCUUAAGUCUGAUUGCUCCUUACAGGGUGGGUGUCUCAGUCUGCUGAUGUUCAGUACAUAUAGAUUGAUUCAUCUUUGUUUGGUUUGGUCUUAUAAUCCAAAUAUUUACCCUGAAUUCUUUAAUUCUAAUACUCACAGAUGGCUGAACAGAAAUUCACAAGUCCCUCGUGCCAAAAUUUUACUGAGCCAAAUAUUUUUUUAUCUUCAUUUAUCAACAAACUGAUCAUUUAACUUCUGCAAUUUUAUUUCUAAUUUGUUAUGAUUAUUGAAGUGUGAUCCAACAAUUUUUCAGCUAAUUGGAUUUGGACUUUGGUAGUCAUUAUCUCCUGUGAGAGAGAAUGAGCUUGCAUUAUGCUUGUAGAGUACGCUACAGACACUGUAUGAUGUCCUAACCUUUUAUGUUACUCUUUCAAAAGAAUAGAUAAAUCUCAGUCUGCCUCUAAACAGCAGUUGGAAUAGGAUUAGCCGACUUCCCUCUUAAAUCUGUACAGAUCCAUGGUCUUAUUGGCAUUUAGACUACGUCCAACAAACUCUAGGUUGGAAAAAUGAAAGCAGUGAAAAUGGAUGUUUUUUAAGAGUAUUUGGUUAUUUUAAAGCAGGUUAUCAGACGUCUUCAUGAUAGGCGGCAGAUUUCUAAGAGCUUAUCUGCUGUCCUUCAGUGACAGCUCAGCCUUUUUCGAUUAGGGGUUAUUAAUGUGCUUUGGAGCGCUCUGUAGAAACAAAAACCUGAAGGAGGAAAAGAGGCUUUCUUCCCCAAAAGAACUUGUCUGAGCAGAAUCCUCUGAGCAUAUUACUAUAUACUAUAUUCCUGUAUAUUACUACAGUGAAGAGCCAUGUGAUACCUCACGACAUCUUUUCAGCAGCCACUACAGCUCAAAACCUUAAAGUCACUGGAUUUAAAGUCAAAAUGUAAUGUUCUAAGGUUAAAGGCUCUGGGUUCAACAAUACUGAGAGUUACAGGAUUCUGCCUAAACGGCUGUUUGUAUCAAAAUGGUAUGAUUCUAUAAUAUGAUUUGAUCCUAUUGUUAGAGACACAUUUAACAUUACUUUACUCAUUUGGACUGAAGUUUUUAUACAUAUAAUCUGUCAAAUAUGAGCUUUUUGUUGUAUAGUUGCAUCCUGUUUUGAAAUGAUAGUUUAUCAGACUGUUGUGACGGUCUUACUGAAUUAGAAUCUACAUUUUUACCAACCUAAGUAUCUAGAUCUUUUUUCCUCAUUACAUUUAUUUAUUCUAUUUUUGUGUGUGUUUUAAAUACUUGUGACACAUCGUGCCCGGCUUUUUUUACUGGGCUGAUCUAAUCUCUGUUCAAGUACACCACCACUUAUGAAGACAGAAGAUUUUAGUUUCCUUUCAACCUCUUGACAUGAGAAUCAAUAAAGACAUCUUAUUUAUUAUCCAUGUGUCUUUUUCUCACUAGGAAGCAGGAGCUGCUUACCAUUUCCAAUGUCCCUAUGGGAGACUAUCCUCCCUCACCCCCACGGACUGCUCCUCCCAGCAUGAAGGUAAGCCCAUACACUGUAUGUAUGCAGUAUGGAUGUAGCCAAAGCGGUGCUUCUUAUUGGUUUCUGAAUUAGAAUUUAGGGGCUUAUUAAUGAUGCAAGCUGCGUUUGAAAUACUGACUCGACCUUGUUUUCAGUUGACAUUACAACAGACAAAGAGGGGGGGUUGAGGCAGGUCUUUAGCCUCCUUUCUAACAGCUGCUGUGUACCUGCAUGUGCCCCUUAUUAUUCAAAGUCAUUGCAUUAAUAUCUCCUGAUGACAAAUUAAAAAGAAAAUCACCCCUCAUACAGUGUGGGCAAACAAAGAGGUGAGCUAUUCAGGCAAAAACUGUUUUUGUUUUUUUGUUUUUUCUGUUUGUUUGCUUUCACCAGGCUGUGAACGUGUUUAUUUUUUUCAUUGAGAUCGUCUGUUUUGAAUUGGUGUGUCUGUUGCUUGUGGUGCUUUGGAGCCAGCCUCUAGUGGAAACUUGAGGAAUUACAGUUUGAGUUACAUUUUCAUUCCUCGUACUUUGAUUGUUGCUUGGGUAAGACAUGCAAAAUGGCAUAUUGCUUGUGUACAUAAAUGCAAACCUGUACUUUUUUUUAAAAAAUAUGGAUUUCCUUGGUAGUAAAAAACCCCAAUGAUUAUGAUUGUGCUUAUUGAGAAGUUACCUGGGGGACCUGACUAUUCACAGACAGUUAAGACUGAAGUGUUUCAACAGCCUACAAUUCACAAAAGAGAAAGAAAAUAUUAAUAUCCUAUGUUGGCAUACCAAUGAGUGUAGAAAAAGACUGUAAAGGUGAUCUCAGACUUUGAAGAAAUUGUCAUCACAGGGGUGUGUAGCCGAAGCUUUAGCUCAGCAUAUUUAACAAAACUCCAAUAUCACCUUUAAUGUGGUCCAUCUGAAACAUGUAGUGUUGUUACAGCUUAUGAGAUUUUAUGUUGCAGUACUCCUUUUAUUCUUGACAUGAAAUUCUUAUUGGGAUAGUACCUGUCAGGCAUGAGGCCCAAACUGGAUCACUUGACAGGGAGAACUUUGCUUAGGAGGCAGCAGUGGCUCUGUGUGUAUGAACUUGGGUGAUGAACUGAAGGGUCACUGACUUAUGACUCACUGCGGACCAAGUUUUGAAAUUAGGCUGGUAGCCUGAGAGAUGCCAGUUCACUUCCUGGGCACUGCUGAGAUGCCUUAAGAUAGACAAUGGUACCCCUGAGCUCUGGGUACUCAUCAGUAUGCAUGCCCCCUCACUCUGACAUCCUGACAUCUGUGACAGGACUUUGUUUGUGCACAGAUGUUAUUUCAGCCUGUGUGUAGCAUUUUCAAAACCAGAGCGAAAAUGUUUAAAAUACCUCAAGGAUUAGUACAUUGUAUCUUCUAUUCCUCCGUCACAUUUCAGUUCACUAGUUCAAGAGCUGGAGAAUUCUUCUUUCAACAAAGUACAAGAGAUGAGAAAUGAAUUUUGCAAGGAGGCAGAUCAGCAGACUUGAUGUGUGAGAUAUAGAGGACAGCUUUUGAGAGGCACUUUUCUGCAGUCACCUUCAACAAAGUCAUCAUCCUCAAAUCUGCCAAAGACGCAUGGAGGUACAAAGCACACAGAAGAGUAAAGGAUCAUGGGGAUAAAAAAAAAAAAAAGAAAGUUUAUGGUGGAAAACACUAAAAACAGUGUAUUUCAAUGAGGAAAUACAACAGAAGCUUGAAAAUAUCAAUUAUGUUCGCUGUGUGUAGCAGGUUUAUGGCGUUUAAAUUGUCAACCCACAAUUACGCUGUGAGUGACACACUGCUGUGAGCAAGUCAGUGCUCUGGUAGCACCUGAGAAAAAUGCAUGAAUUUAUUUACAGUCCAAGAUUAGCCUACAGCAUACCAGUAAAGCAGUUUUGCAGGAAAUCAAUAGGCCGCAGAUUUGGAAGGAGAAUAUAACACUAACAGGGAGUUAGACCUUGCAAGAGGCUGGGGAGGUUGUACCAUUACCUAAACAAUAGUGCUAUGUCUUCUGGAUAGUAGAUACAAGUGUGAUUUACCACCUUAGCGUUAGGGUUAGUUACUCCAAGGUUAAACUCUAUAAACUACUUUUUCCACAAGCCACUGAAAUACAGGAGGCACAGGUUAGAAGCACCCUUAUUCUUCUCUUGAAGGGGUCACCAGCAACUCAACCACUGCCACCAAAGGGAGCUGGUGUGGGAGUUUCAGAUAAAGUUCACAUGGAUCAGGUUGCACACUGGCCUGCAAAAUGUGACAGCUGUGGCUGUUGCAAAUUCUGCAAAAUCAAUGUAACCCCCUCCUCUGUGAGAAAUGCAGGGUGUGUCUUUGCUUUACUGAUAAAAGAAAUUGUUUGAAGUGUUAACAUUUGUCCUGAAAGCCUCCACUGCUAUAGAUGCUUAUUGUUUUUAUACUUAUCUGCACUGAGUGUUUUAAUAGCUUUCUUAGAACGGUCUGUUACUUAGUUUUCUACAACUACAGAUACUUCUUGAGAAAGUCUUCGCAGUGUUUUGUGCUGUGAAACAACUUAAGGAUAGCAGUAUAGUAAUUCUGAUACAUGAUGUGAAAUUGCAGAUGGACGGACAAACCUCUGUUGCUAAGGAAAAAGACCAAUACACUGAUUUAAAAUUUACUCUCAGUGCUCAAAGUACUGAGCUACUGAGGGCCUUUAGGGGAAUGUUGUCCUGAUACUGCCAUACACACCACUUCAAUGGUCUGACACAUAUCAUCUUUCACAGAAAACAGGGCACUUUCAGUAGUUUGACUAAACUGAGGGUCAUGCUACAGGAUGCUGACAGCUUUCUGUGUCCUUAUCUAAUACAACCUGACAUUUCUAUCACAGAUUGAAUCACACCUUUUCCACAUUUUGACAAAUCAGAGACUUUUUCAAUAACUCUGAAAUAUGGCGCCACAACAUGUUCCCUUUAAGAGCAGUGGGUGUAAGUUCUUUUAGGUUCAAAGUAAAUCUACCGAUUCCCACAGCGAAAAACCCUCUUUGUCUUGGUCCACGUGGCUAACAUAUUGUGCGUAUGUCUCUGUGUUUUGUGUGUGUAGACACAAAUACACUGGAAUGACCAGCUCUGUCUUUACAUAGAAUUCAGUUUGCAGCCCAACUUGACUUUCCUGUUUUAGCAUGAGGCAUGAAAAGGCAAAGUGCUACUUGUAGAGAGGAGUUCAGAUCAAGAGUGAGGCAAAGAGAGAGGAGGCUCAAAUGUCUCAGUGGCUGUGGAAAGGUAAGCCCUGAAUUUUCAUUCACACACAAAAAAAGUAGUUUAAAGUACAGAUUCACUUUUGUGACGAUUACUAAUGACAAAUCUAAGUGUUAACCAGCUCAAACUUUGGAAAACUCUUGAUCACCUCACUGUCUGUCAGCAUGCUGACACGAGUGUAAACACAACACUCCAGCUGCUGUCUGCUGAACUUUACAGCAAUGUGCUCAGUUUGAAUGAGCCUGAAGAGGAACUAACAUUUCUGUGUGCUAUUCAGUCUGACAGUGUCAAUUGAUAAUCCUGUUUUACAGCUUUUUAGCUCAACAUGUAAUACAUUCCUCUUAUUUUCGAUACACAGGGUGCUUUCAGAUAAGUGUUUAGGAGACACAAUUUAAGAUCCUUUUGUUUUAUUUUGGUUUUAUUUCAGAUCACAUUUGACACGAUUCGGACGUUUUUACUGUGCAUAGUUUAGUUAAUGUGGGCAACCUAUCUUUCAAACCACUGGGUAUGAUUGAUUCAACAUCUUAUAAAUAGCACAGUCGCUCCUACCUGGACUGCAUUUCACAACAUUGUUUCUUAACCUAGGAAGCAAGCCAAACAUUAUUGACUGAUGUGUCAAGUAACAAAAUACAGAAAUAUAAACCAGUGCUCCAAGGUUUGGUAGUAAAAUGCUUGUGUCUCACAUCACCGUAUAACCAGGAAAAGAAGUCAUGUGGUUGUCAAGAUGGACAAGUAUCUGCGUUUGCUGUCUGGUGAAGCUGUGACAAUAACUGAAUGUGACUCUGUCAGUGUAAUUGUUUGUUACAUAACAAUGUGAUUUAUUAAACCUGAAACUGCUUUUAAGCGCCCGUCAUCAUUUGCACACGCAAUCUUAGCAGAUCAUCUGCAAUACACCCACUAAUAACACAUGCAAAUUUAAGUUUGCACACACAGUUUAGUGCUAGUUAUUUGGGAUUUUAGUGGAUCAGGCCCAUGGUUUGCAGCACUUGUUGACGUUCAGUCCCAGGUGGGUCCUAUAGAUGGUGCUGCAAAUGCUGCGACUUCAUGUGAAAUCCAUGAAUAAUACAGGAAUAUCCUUAAUGAAUUGGACCUUGAGACAGAGCAGAUAGUGGAGACAAAUAUACAAAACUCUUUGAGCUAUUAUUUCUUUCAAUGAGGUCUAAAUGUCUUAAUGUCAGUAUAAGGUGUCACAGAAAAAAAAAUUAUAAAUGAGAUUGAUUUUUUUUUUUUUGUCUAGUAUUGUGAGUCAUGAUUAUUUUGUUGGUCAAAUCAGUAUUCCUCAACUCAACUCAACUUUAUUUGUAGAGCACUUUAAAACAACCACAGCUGUACAAAGUGCUGUACAUAACAGGACAAAAACAACAAAAUAAAAAACAAUCAAGAAACAAUUAAAACAAUGGAUAAAAUAAAAGCAGAAUUAAUAAUAAAAUAUAGCUUCAAUGUUUUUAAAAACUAAUUUAAAAACAUAGAAACAAAUAACUAAAAACAAACCAUAGAACACUAAAACAGGAGCCGAGUCUCAUGCAGGGUUAAAAGCCAAUGAAUAAAAAUGGGUUUUAAGACGAGUUUUAAAAAUGGACAGUGUGGGGGCUUGUCUAAUUUGGAGGGGUAGCUCGUUCCAUAAAAUUGGGGCAGCAACAGAAAAAGAUCUAUCCCCUCUGAGCUUCCGUUUGGACCUCGGUACCUCCAGGAGCAGCUGAUCAGCUGACCUGAGGCACCGAGCUGGGGUGUAGGGGUGGAGAAGCUCAGAGAGGUAUGAUGGAGCCAGACCAUUUAAAGAUUUAAAAACAAAUAAAAGAAUCUUAAAAUGAACUCUAAAAUGCAGAGGUAACCAGUGGAGGGAGGCCAGGAUGGGAGUAAUGUGCUCCCUCUUACAUACUCCAGUUAAGAGCCGGGCGGCUGCGUUUUGAACUAACUGGAGACGUGAGAGGGAGGACUGGCUAACUCCAAAAUAAAGUGCAUUACAGUAAUCCAGCCGGGAUGUAAAAAAGGCAUGGAUUACUGUUUCAAAGUGCGUAUGUGAAAGAAAAGGCUUUGCCUUCGCCAGCUGCCUAAUAUGAUAAAAACUGGAUUUCACUACGGAGCUAAUUUGCCUGUCGAAUUUGAAAUCACUGUCCAUCUUAAAACCCAAAUUUGAGACGGUUGGCUUUAAAUAAUCUGCUAAAAUACCCAAGUCUACAGGAGGGGUUUCAAGACUAGUUUAAGCAUUGUCAAUGACUGAGGAAGUGUUGAACUCGAACUUGUAGAGCAUUUAUUUCUUUAUAAUCAGAUUGAGAUUUGAAAGGAAGUUCAGUGUUGGUGUUAUAAAGCUGACUUGUCAUGUAAGUGGCAUUAGUGCCCUCAUUAUUUUAUUAGUGCCCUUAUUUAUUUUGUCAAGCUGUGAGCCCUGAAGGCCAGGAUGUACGGAUACGCUCAAGGAUGUGUCUGGUUGAAGUGGUUGCUUAUCAGUGCAUGUUUAUGUGUAAGUGGGAGGCUGUUUGGAAAGUCUCUAACCUGACUUACCCUCUGCCUUAUCCCUUCUAUUUCAUACUGUGGGGGGAGAUAUUCUCACAGGGUUCGGUCUGUAAAUUCUACUGCAACACCAAUUCUACCUUUAUAACAGAAACCGUAAGGUAAAGUCUGACCUGUGGAACAAAACAUGUUCGGUGAUAAAGCCUUAAAAAUUAAAGUUUAGCCAGUGUUUUAUACAUUAUAUUCAUUUCUUAAUCAACUUUUUUGUCUGUUUCAGUCUGCAGAGUUCUUUGAUAUGCUGGAGAGGAUGCAGGUAUGAAUUUAAAUAAUCAAUUUUUGGACUCACUUUUUUUCUCCUCUGUUCUCCUUGUUUCCUAUCCUCAGUUGACCUUCUCUAUUUCUCCUCUCCUUCUUUUUCAUGUAGUUUGUACAACUGAAAAUCAAAAGUUGCAUUUAACAACUGAAAAUCAAAAGUUGCAUUUAUGUAGUUUAACUUUUGUGAACUUUAAACAGUCCAAACUGUAUAUUUCACAUCUGUUUUGGCGACACCACCUCAAAGUUGGUGUUUGGGAGGACAAAACUUUUCAAAAAUAAAACUCAGCUGUUAGCUUUAACUGUUUUUCAGUUCAACUCAUAGACUGCAUAUACUAUGGACAACUUGGUUCUGCCUUUCACCAGUAUACGGAUUUGAAGCCGAGAAGCUCUCGGUAUUUCUGCGAUUUUUCUCUACUUCCUGAAACAGACAUUGCCUAGUAGCGUUGUGCACAUUCAGCGGGAGAGUCGCUGUGAUGACUCUCUGCUCAAACAGCGUAUCCCCCGGGUGAGCGACACAAUCUUCGUACGCCCAUAGGCUGUAUCAAGUGUCAAUCAUAGAAAACAUGAACCCCUAAUAACUUUUAAAAACGGAGCUGUACAGAAAAAGAGGACUUGAGCACAAACCAGUCUUACAGUAACUACAUGUCAACAUCACAAGGAGGGGAAGGAAAGUUUAUAUUCUGUGUAAUAAAUUUCUUAAGUUUGUCAACAGCUCUAUAGGGAUUGCUGGAGGAAGCGGGAUUUAUGACCUAUACUGCAGCCCGUCACCAGAGGGUGCUGUUCUCGGUUGGCCUCACCCAGUGCGGAGGCAGACGGCAUCCAUUCUAUAUACAGUCUAUGGUUCAACUCUAAUCCUUUUACAUGGAAUAAUACAAAAAUGCAAAUAUAGUCCAUUAAACUUUUAACGUUUAACCUUAUCCACCACAAUCCCAGUGAAUUUAUUUACAUGAUCUCACCAAAUAGAGCAUAUUUUGCAAGUUUGGAUAAAACUGAUGUUUUAACUGCAUCAUGAAAUCUUUUCACAAGCAGCGGUUUUUCACAGGCUUGCCACAACUAAACACAUUCACUUUUUCCACAAAGUGUUUCAUCCUCAAGUUUUGCGAGAGAAACCUGCCUGAUGACAGAAAUGCGACCGGCCAAUCCACGAAAGGUUUAAGAGAAGAAAAGCUGAAGAGCAAAUGAAAGGCAAUGGGAAAAAUAGGGAAGAGAAAGAUAUAAAUAGGGGAAAUAAAAGUCCUUUUAGAAGGUUGUCAUGCAAAAAUAAUGGAUUUUGGUCGUCAACGACAUCUCAAAGUAUGAAAAUGGAGAAGUUAUUCCACUGAAAAUUACUUUUAAGAGGAAAGGCUGAAGCGCUAACAUUUUUGUUAAUCUGCAGCUUAAAUGUUCCAAAUAUUCCCCAUACAGGAACCUAAAUUUGGACAGUGAGACAGUUUAGAUCCAGUCAAAUGUACAAUAAUCUUGUGUGUGGUUAUAAACAUUAUUUGCACCAACUUGCUCUUUUUCUCCCCCUUUAACUCAGCUGUCAGUGUGAAAGUCACCUUUUUGGUAUCAAUAUUUUACAUUCCUUCUUCCUUCCUUCCCCCUCACUUCAUCAUUCUUUAUCCUCUCUUCCUCUUUGUCUCUCUGUCUGAUUGAUUAUAAAAGCUUCAUGAGAGGAUCUCUGUGUUACUUGAACAAAGUUGACACCGACUUCUACAUAACCUCAACAGCUGUUCAAUCAAUACGCCACCAGCGCUGAUACACUCUAAGCUCUAGGAAGUAGCAAAUCAAAGAGGAGGAGAAACAGAGCCAGGAAGAUAGCAACACACAAUAAUAAAUGACAUGUUCAAACAGGAACCUGAAUUAAAUAGAUUAAAAAUAAACAAGAUUGACUCAUACCAUCUGCACGUGUAUCAAUUUCCUCAUUUGCCCAAGGGACACUUAUUCACUGGUCUUGAACUUUAAUCAGCAUCUUCUCUCUGUCUUCUACUUAUGCAUUUUUCAUAUCAGUAUAACGUCCAAAAGCAAACUGAAGAAAACUUCAUAAUUUUCAGGCUGACAUAAACAGAAUUUACAUGUCUAUGAGGUAGAUCUAGAGAUAGAAUGAUGAAGCAUCUAUGUUACCUUUGAGGGAGCGUGUGUGUCUGUUUCCAAAUGUCUGUGUGCUUGUGUUGAGAAAAAUGAUUUAGCAUGACUCAGUGAGUUGUCACCUGCCACACAGACGAUGUGGUCUGAAAACAAGAGUGCCAUGUUCGAGUACAGUUUUUACAAUCAAAAGCAGAAUUGUCUUUUUUGACCCUUGUGCUUUCCUAUCCUCAUGCUGCAUACGGACACUAACAAGGUUCCCAAACCUGAAGAGACCAAAAAAUGGAAGGUGUGACAGGACACCGAUACACAUCUCAUCAGUUUUCAUUAUCAAGUCCACUUUUUUGCAUGAUUUCCUUUAAGUUUAUCGCACAAUGUAGCUGAUUUGCUCUGUGGUUGAUCGUUUCCUUUGUCAGCCUUUCUUUACGUGUCUGUCAGUCCUUUUCAGAUUUUCGGGGCUCUUAAAGUACAAAUCAAUAUCCUUCUGAUCUGAUUGAUUAUAAGCUGAACAAAAUCCAACUGUUAAUUGAUCCUGGGCUGCCAGAAUCCUGGCUCCUGCUGCUACAGAAUAUAAAUGACGGUCUGUUUUGCUCUCAGUGCUGCAGACUGGCCUCAGCAGUAUUUAGAGGUCAGACACCAAAGUUGUACACAUUGGCAAACUGUGAAAUGAUGGGAUCAUAACAGCUCUGAGCCCCAGAGGCUACUGAUUCAGAGCAGUUUUGACAUUAUCAGGAGCCAGAUGACCUCAUUGAUUUUUGCCAAUGACUCAGCAUAUCAAGCCGUUCAUUGCAUCAUUGCCCAACACUAUAUUAUUGUGAAAAGGUAGUGUCACCUCUGUGUAUGUGUUUUUGUGGCUGUGCUCACGACUACCAUCUUAGUGAAAGUCAUUGAGUUUGUUUCCAUCCAGACUGCUCUUAACUUUGUUUAUGUCUUCUAUUUAACAGGAUGACUAUAUUCCCUACCCAAGAAUAGAAGAUGUGAGUCCUUUUUUCCUGAUAUAUUUUGGUGUAACCAUGAAAUGGGACUGUUUCAAAUAUUUGACAUACUUGUGAUUAUUACAUGCUCAACAAGCUUACCUUAUGGAGGUUCAUUCAUGAAGAAUUAGCAUUUCCUGGAGUUACUGUACUUCAUCGAUAUUUUUCUUUCAAUCUACCAUUCUUCCGUCUGUUAAAGGUUCUGGAGAAAGGUGGUCCAUACCCUCAAGUAAUCCUUCCACAAUUUGGAGGUUACUGGAUUGAAGAUGUGGAGGCACAAGCAGGGACCCCCUCCUCCUCUGAGUCUAGUUUCUGUGGAGAGGAGGAUGAAGGAGAAGGCAUGAGUCCGGGCGGGGGGUACGGUUACCGCCUGGAGUGUAACAGUACUGCUCUUGCCUAUCGCAAACAUUUUCUUGGCAAGGUCUGUAAGCCCAUAUACUGUAAAUGUCAGUUCAGCUAUGCAUUUGGUCUUUAAUUGUGUUAAAACCUUUUUUCUUUGUCUUUAAUUUAAUCUUUUCUGUAAUAUAGGAACACAUGAACUUUUACUGCACCGGCAGCAGCAUAGGCAACCUCAUCAUGUCCCUGAAACAUGAGGAGGCUGAAGGGCAGGAGUUCCUACGCAUCAUGCUAAGGUACAUGAGAAAACUAUGCUUUUUCUGCAUACUGUAUUUUAUUUCAAAGUAUACUCAAUUUGAAAAACUGCUAAAUAUUAGGGGUGGGAGAAAAAAAACAAUUCACAUAAGUAUUGUAAAAAAAAAUUUUUUACUUUUUUUUUUUUUCAAAAAUCAAUUUUUUUUCUCAAAUUCAAGAACAAAUCACAAAAGUGAAUUACAUGUGAUGUGUAUUUUUUGGGGAAAUAUGGUUCCUGGAAUAGUCAGUAGACUAUCAUAAUCAUUCAACUAUGUCACUGAUGUUAAAAUCGAGACUAAAAAUCGAGGAAAUCAACAAACAUCGUACAAUCACAAUUUAAAUUGAAUCAGCAUCCAAAAAAUCGUAGAAGAAUCGAAUCAGGAGAAAAGCAUAUCCUUCCAUCCCUACUCAUUAUGAUUUGAAUAGUUAAAAACAUAUCUUUGAAACAUAAUCUCAGAUGUGGUUAGCCCUUUCUUGAAUGAUCAUUGUCCUUUUUCUGGCAAGUGAAGCAUCUUUGUUCUACUUUUUUUCUGUUGUAGUGACGUUUCUUUCCUCUGCCAGGUUGUAGAGGGCAAGCCAAAAUGAAUAUGGUGAAUCAAACCAAUAAGACUAGGAGUCUUUGAGAAGCUCUUUGAGGCUUUGACCUAUUCAAUAAUGCUUUGAGCCAAAUGCUGACAUGCUCACAAUAACAAACCUAAACAGCAGAUUUUGUUCAGGCAUAAUGUUCACUUACUCCAUCUAUCUAUCAAGUAAUUGCAAAUUACUGGAUAAUUUGCAAUAAACAGAGAAGAGCAUUUGAUCAGCAUUUGGUUAUUAGAUAUACCUAUAAUAUCAAUGUCUAAGGAAUCCAUCCAUGAGAGGACAUAAACUGUAUAAUCUCCAUGGUAAUCCACUGUGUCGUCUUUCAGAAAUGUGGAAAAAAUCAGUCUGGAUGAAAGUGUUGGAAAUGAUAAUAAUUCACAGACACUUAAGCUUAGGUCCGAUUCUCCGUGGAGAGUGGCAGUGCUGUCACGGACAGCUUUCUUGCAAUCUUCACAGUUGGUAACAUUCUCACCAAAAGGCAAGACAAACUAUGAAGUACUUUUGCUUUUAAUAUGCUAUCAUGGGCAAUGCACAGUAAUUAGGUGGUGGCUAAUUACAGUCUUUGAGAGUUAACAGUGAUAAUGUUAUUUAAACUAUAAGAAUCAUGCACAGGGGCACCAAUCCCGGGGGGAACUCAGGGGUCCCACCCCCCUAAACAGUUUGAUAAAGAACAUUUUUGAAGAUUAGUUUGGUUAUUCAUUAAAGUAUUAUUUCUAGAUUUAGAACUUGGAUUGAGUUUUCUGUUCUUGUAAAGUUGUUGUAAUGGUGAUCAGUGUUUAUGGUGAGCAAAGAAAUUCUGUUGGGUCAUUUAUAGUGUAAUUGACACCUACCGCCCAAUACCUCUCUUGGAAUUGCUGGUUGAGCAUAAACAAACCUUUAGACAGGUAGGAUAUAGACUUAUAAGGGACAAUGACAUAAUUAUUGUUUAAUAUCACGAUGUAAGACUUUUGAGAAAGUAUCAGACAACACAGCAAGGAAUUACUCUCUUAACAUUUACUGUUUAAUGCCCCCCCAACAAUGAAAAAGGAUUUUCACACCUGAUAAGACAGCAAAUUGCUUUUUUCUUGCCUGUUUUUCUUGUGUCUUUGUUGAGAAGUGACCUACUUCACCCUCGUGUGUAAAAACUAAUCAGUCCCUAAAAAUCAAAAGUAAAGAUGUCUUAUUUAUAGAACAAUCUAACCAACAAAACUCUUUUUUUUUUUUGUUCAAAUGUAGGUCAAGAAUCAAAACAAUCCAUGAAAGGAUCUCUUUAGCGGGCAUCAGCCAACUCCCGAGUGUUCCCCAGAUUGCCAAGGUGAGAUACAAAUACAAAUAUUCAAAGAGUAAAAGAGGUGUUUUCAUUAACGUUGUAAUCUGUUUUGUCUAACUAGAAAAAAUUGUGUCUUCAUGUCUAUCUGUUAGCUAGGACAGACGUCAAGAGUUUUCCAGGGUAUUUUUCAAAGUUUAUACUUCUCUCCUUUACAGUUCAAAUAAUGCAGCUCUGAUUUUUUUUUCUAUUUCAGCUUCUGUGUGAUGAUACCACUGGGCUGAAGUUUAACCCAGUGCUCUACCCAAGAGUAAGUUUAUUCAAAGCUCGCACAUUUUAUGGAUAUUCAUUCAAGUUGACAUAAAUAUCCCAACACUCUAAUCUUCUUCAGUGACCUUGUUAAGGCUCUUCUCCUCCAUAUUCAUUAUGCAGUGAGUAUAACAAAUAUGGAGUGUCCGUAUCCUGCUCUUUAGGCCAUGGAAAUUUAAAAAACUCUGUCUUCAUCUCCCUGCCAAAAGAAAGGUCACAAUGUGAUUUAUAAACCCCCGCUCUAAAAUCUGCCCUUUUCAGUUACUAGCUACAUUAUUUAAAAAAAAGAUUGAUAACACAAGAGGUUAACAACUUCAUAUAAUGGAUACAAGGGACCGGUUUUUGUCCCUGGAGGCUCUGUGUAGCAGCAGUGUUUUAGGACGUGCUUUAAGCCUGUGCCUCAGGAAAGGAAAGAAAACCAUCUGUUAGUCUGCAAGAUCACUGUCUCUGCAACCGAGGGCCUUACUGUUUGUGAUAUGUCUUAACUGCAAAUAAUGCAUUUUAUUAGAAUUGGACAUGCCCUGUAUGUGGGUGUGCAUUUAAGUGAUAUGUAAAUAUUUUUAUAUACUGUUUUUAAACUUUAGGUUUUACUGUUUAUGUGUUUUUAUCUGCACUAAUGAAUAUAAAGAUAUCCUAUUCUGUUCUAUAUCAUAUAAGUCAUAUGAUCCUUGUCAUUAGGGUCUCAAAGAAAAGAAAAACGUUUUGUUUUUUCUCCCGAGUGCUGUGUUUCAUGUAAGAAAAUGAACGUGAUAAUUGUUUUUGUACAUGUGCAGGGAUCCCAGCUGAUAGUGGCCUAUGAUGAACAUGAGGUGAACAACACAUUCAAGUUUGGUGUCAUCUACCAGAGGUUCAAACAAGUAAGUGAUCAAACUCAUCAAACCAGUUUACUCCAACUUACCUCACAUUUAACAUCUACUAGUAAACACUGUCGUAUGUCAUGAUUAUUAUUAUUUUUUAAUUGUUAUUAUAAAACUUUUGCCACAGAGUGCUUUACAAUAUUCAAACAGAAUAAAAACAGUUGCACUGCUCUGUGUUUUGCUCUGUUUUCUGUCAACUUUACCUCCUUUCAGAUAUCAGAGGAAGAGCUGUUUGGGAAUAAUGAGGAGACGCCAGCAUUCAAGGAGUUUCUCAGUUUGCUGGGUGACAAUAUUGAGCUGCAGGACUUCAAAGGGUAAGACUUGGAGUAAAAUGCAUUUGAAUAACAGAAAAGAAGUAGAGCUAAGUGCAAUAUAAAUGAGAGGAGACAGAACUCGAAUUCACAUUAGAUAGGGGACUCAGUACAAGGUCUGCAUGAAAUAAAAGGAUGCCAUUGAAGCGAAAUAAAAUAAAAUACAAGGAAUAAUUAAUUUAACCUUUAGGCUUUUGGUAUUGCUCUUUCAUUCUCUGAAUAUAUUUCAGAUUUGUUCAAAAAAAGUGCAGAGAAAAAAGAAUUGGAGCAGGAACAGCAGUUUUGUACUACUUUCUCACAUAAUUUUAUGGAACUAAAACAUGAAUUACAUCCAAUCUUGUGUUAUUUCUGAAAAGUGGAGGCCACUCAAAUGACACGACACAUGUGCUUUGAUUAUGAGACAGGUUUCGUGGAGGGCUGGAUGUGUUCCACGGACAGACAGGGACUGAAUCCAUCUACACAGUCUUCAGACGGAGAGAGAUCAUGUUUCAUGUUUCAACCAAACUUCCCUUCACUGAGGGAGAUGUCCAGCAGGUACAAUACUGGUUUUCUUAUUCUUACAUUGUAAGCAGAACGGAUUGAACGGCAAAGAAUGCAUCCUUGCAGUAUGUAAUAAUCAGGCAUUGUCAUUGACACUGUUUUCACGGUCUGUCACCUGAUUUGCCAAGGUGUGAGCUGAGGCUGAAAGUUAAUUCCUAUCUUUGUAUUCAUUAACCCACUUGAAUUUCCCUUGCUAAUAAAAAUAUGCUUUGUAUACUCAGAGUCAUGGAAGAGUUGUAAAUCGUGCUUGUUGUAAAGGUCCUCCUAACGCCAAAACAAAAUCCAUGAACCGAGUAAUAAAUCCACUCUCUCCUGCUCCUCAAGCUCCAGCGGAAAAGGCACAUAGGAAAUGACAUUGUGGCAGCCGUCUUCCAGGAGGAGCCGACACCUUUCGUACCAGACAUGAUCGCCUCCAACUUUCUUCAUGCUUAUGUGCUGGUACAAGUUGAGAACCCCUGCACAGAGAACACAACGUACAAGGUACAAUGAUGGUCUAUGUGGCAAAAUGGCGUUAGUACUACCUUAGGAUGUUCAGCACCAGCUGUAUUUGAGUAAAUCAAAAAGCUGUGAAAGGUUCUCACCAGGUACAGGGAGGAAGAAGGGCAUUAACUGUCGGGUGUUUUCACAAAUGAUUAAUGUACUUACUAAUUCUAUUUAUGAUGUAUAUUUUGGUAAAUACAAUUUAAUUUUGCUGGAGACUGAUAUUAUUGAGUAAAGGAGAAGGGGUAGGUUUAAAAAAAAAGCAUAAGGCUUCACCCUACUCCUUUUCGGACAUGUUGGGUUCGCAUUUUUAUUAUCAUUAUUAAUUUUUAUUUCAUUUUAUUUCUACUUUUUUGCUUUGAUUAUUGUUAUUGUUGUUUUGAAUAUUCUCACUAGUUAUAUUUGUUUGUUUUCAGUUUACUUUUGGUGUUGCGAGCACAUGUUCGAAAAAUAUAAUAAAAUGAAAAUAAAAUGAAAAAAUGAAAGGCCUUGCUCUAACGAAACUACUUAUCAGAUGGGUAAAGAAUACAAACGAAAUUGUGCUAAAAAAGGCAAACAAAAAAAUCAGUAUUAGCGCAAAUACAUGUAAAAAAAUGUGAAUAAUUAUUCAAUGUUUUCAAAUGUUUCUUAGAUUUUGUUUUAUUCCCCCCUCGCUUGAUACUUGGUACAUCCUAAAAUGUACACUAACAAUGUGUGACUAACUUGGUCGAUGCCAACAGGUGUCUGUUGCAGCAAGAGAGGAUGUACCUCCUUUUGGACCCCCUCUCCCUAAUCCUGCUGUCUUUAAGAAGGUGAGAGAAAGCGCUGAGACUUACAGGAGUGACAGUUAAUCAGUGGCAGUUUGGCCGCUGGUAACAUUACCAUGACUUUGCAAAUUGUAAAGCAACUCGUCUUAUUUUGAGACAUUAACACCAAAGACUAAAAGCAUAGCUUUGAAUUUUGAAGUCAUUCAACAGAAACCAAUAAGGCUGAGACUGUUAAUUAGAUUCAGUGUUAACUAGAUUCAGUGUGCUUCAAUGGUGUAAUCUUAGUGGUGCUUAUAAUGCCUUUUUGACACUUUUUUGUUCCUCCAUCCCUACCCUUCUUCGUCAUCUACCCUUUUUUCUCACCCCUCUCUUUCUAGGGUCCUGAGUUUCGAGACUUCCUCCUGACAAAGCUGAUCAAUGCUGAAAAUGCCUGCUACAAGUCCGAUAAAUUUGCCAAACUAGAGGUGACACAUGUUUGUACAACCACACUGAAGACAUAUGAUAACCUCAUGGUCUCAUGGUCUCAUUUUAUGUUGCAUAGUUUUCUGGUUGCCUUAUGACAUGAAAAUGGCCUUCAAUUCCGUUUUUACUAAGCUUUUUGUUUUUAUUUGUCUUUUUCCAUGUGCUCUACGACUACAUGCUAAAGCACUUUGUAAACAUCCUUUUUUUUUUUUAAGUGCUAUAAAAAUAGUUAUUAUUAUUAUUAUUAUUUAAUCAUCCCUUUAAACGGUUACAAGAUGUUAAAUUACAUGAGCUUUAUGUUUGUAAAAUGAUUCAAGGGAAGGACACGAGCUGCACUCCUAGACAACCUUCAUGACGAGCUUCACAGACAAAGCCAGGCAGCUCUUGGUCUGGGUCAGGUGGGAGAAGAGGACAAACUGGAAAAUGGUGGACACGGGGGUCUACUGGAGUCCUUUAAGGUGAACAUGAAGUGGGACAAAGUGACAACAUGUCUGCCCUUGACAUUUAUUUCAUCACAAUCAUUAAAGGUGGGGUAGGCAGGAUCUGAGGAAGUGCCAGUUUUGUGGAGAAAUCUUGAAUGUAACCACUACCCCUCCCAACCAGUUUUCCUCUCAGCUCCUCCUCUCCCCUUCGUCUCUGCUCUAGCAAGCCCCGCCCACAAACAGACGCUCCUGCUCGCUCGUAUCGUUCUAAUUAAAUUCAGACAUAAUGUGGAUAAAUACUUCAGAUAAUUACAAAUGGAGCCCAGUCAACGUGAAAGUAAACAGCAUCAGUGCUACUGUAGAUACCAACAGACUACCAGCAAACACAAAGUUUGCAGGACUUCUACAACUAGCAUGAUGUGACAUAGUUCAUGACCCAAGGUCAACAGUUUAGCAACGCUACAACACGCACAAGAAACACUUCUGUUACAGACACUUGGCUUACUUUGUUUAAGUGUUUUACCUGUCCAGCAGAAAGGUUACAGGAUCCGCAAGAUCUGAAGCGUCCCAAUCGUUAAUGCCUCAUUGAUGUUGCCCCGGCUUUUUAGCUGUUGUCUGGGUGGUCUAAGCACCCGUUAUUCCACCAGAGUUUCUGGUAUUUACUUCGUUUUCUUGCUUGUGUCGGCAGUCGUGGCCAAAGGGGGGAUUCAAAAAAUUCAGACAAUUUCUUGUACUUUCUGGUUGUUUUCUUUUUAACAGUUCUUUAAUGGUUCUUUAACAGGACCCUGCCUACCCCACCUUUAAGGCACUAAAUAAGAUGUUUCACACCCACAGGUCACUAACUUUCAAAAACAGCUAACUUUGCUUUAACCAACAGUAUCUUUGUCCUCCUGUGAAUAUUCCUUCAUCUCUUACAUGUACUCAAGCUCUUUUCGACUCCACUGUCUCUUUGUUUUCUUCUAAUAGUAUCAUCUUUACAUCUGUGUGUUUCUUUGUCAGAGGGAUGUAUGUUACAAAUAACUUGUCUUGCUCUUCACAGGAAUGUUGGACAGUUACUUUGGACUGUUUGCAGUCAGUCCAAGGAGUCGCUCUCUGCCUCGCUGCUCUAGCUGUCACUGUUCAUUACCUGUGUGCAAUCACCGAUGUCCAGAAUGAAUAAACAAUCUUUUACAUGAUGUUGUCUGAGUUAAUAUUUCAAUAUGGUUUGAUUAUUUGUCCUGUAUCAUUCUCCAGAUUCUCUGACAUUAUAAGGACAAAAAUUGAAGUGUCAUGUUUACAUCUCUCAUUUAUUUUUUUAGGCUGACAUUGAUUUGGUAAAAUAUCAUGGAACUUGUUUCUUGAUAUCAGUGGAUACAAAAGCAUCAGAGCAGUAAUGAUUAAUACAACAUACACUCUGUUAAUCCAUCCACUACAGUUACUUUUUGACAAAAUGUGUCCUCUAGUGGUUGUAUUUUUCAAAAGCAUCCAUAGAAAUUAUAUGUAUCUGGUUUGUAAUCUGAGAAUAAAUGUUUUCAGUUUCCACCCAGUUUACUUUUUCAAAUAUAUAGCUAUCAUCUGUCUCCACAUUUCCAUCUCUCAUUUUCUCCUUUCCCUGUUAAGUGUAAUUAUCUUUCACCUCAUUUUUUUAAUCCUCUCAUUCUCCUGUUUCCACUUUCUCCAGAGAGCCAUGCGUGUCAGAAGUCACUCCAUGGAGACCAUGGUCGGGUCUCAGCGCCACCGGAGCCCAGGGGUGGGGGGUGGAGUACCAGCUAGUGUGAGUGGAGGAGGACUGCCGCAGAGCACCAGUGAAUGCACAAAGAGCACCUUUACUGUGAGUAGAAGCACUCGAAAAUCAUUUUUAUUCAGACAGAAUAAAGAGGUGUUUGAAAAUCAGUGUUAAUUUAAUGUAAUUUACUGAUUUUUCUCAAUCAUUUUGGCUCUUUUUUUUUAAACACUACCAACUUUCUCUAAACUCUAAUGCAACAGUUUAAUAAUACAUUAAAAAGGGGUUUGAGUUGCCCAAUUAUUUUAUUUACUUUUCCAAAGGUAGAUUUUCUGUCACCAAAAUGAAGAGAUGUUUUGUUGUUGUAGGUCAAAGUGUAAAUAUGCUUUUUCACCAUAAUAAUCACAUUAUGAUUGCCACAAAAUUACUCCUAAAAACAAACAAAAAGAAAUCCUAUAACAAUGCAGGUAAAAUCAAACAAGCAAAACCAAAACCUUUGUACCACUUUACAGAAGGCCUCAUCUUUGUAGACAUUCUGUUAGUCAUGAGAUGUUGAGUCAACAUAAGAUCAGAGGUCUCAUUUAUUCAUACAAGAAAUGUGUAUGCCAAGAAUCUGGAAAUCUGGCAAGCCAAAAAUGAUUUAUAUUUAUAAAACUGUGCGUAGGCAUGGGUCGGAGUUUUUCCUGGCAAGUUUGGUUUCUACGAAUCACAAACUUUGCAUCAUCAGCCCUCGUCUUGUGUGUAUGCAAUGUUUAUAAAUGAGGCCCCGGGUGUUUUCUCUUUCAUUGCCCUGGAGAAAAAAACAUCUCCAGGUGUUUCGCACCCAUCCCCUACAGUGAUCACCAGUGACGUCCUCACAAACAGUAUUUAUGACAUUCAGCAGACUCAUCUGAUCCCAUGACUGAUGGUCAUUUCCUCUACCUUUGAGCUAAAAGCACUGGCCAUAUUUUUACAUCCUUUCAACCUUGAUCGUGGUUCUCCUACAUGAACCAAAACUUUGCAAUUUGCUUGAAUGAUUGAGAGCGUUUUGUUUGUUGUGUAGGAAAAACGAAUUGUUUAUAGAUUUGAGCUCACUGUUUUAAAAAGGGCUUUUGCCACUCGAGAACUGAGCCAAAGUGAAUGAGUCAAACUUUGAUACUAAUGGUUAUAAAAGAAAUGGAAAGAGACGUCUGUGAUGUACUUUUAUAUAAGCCAGUCUUCUGUAUUUUAUUCCAUGUGCAUAGAAGAACUCCUGACACCCACUGAGUCAUGAAAUUUUCAAGGAAAAGGACUAUAACUUGUAUUAUUUUCUAAAAAUGUUGACACACUCUUUCAAAAGGCAAAUCCUAUAACCUGUAAUCUUCAGCCUCCUGUCUUGUCAGCCAAGUCUCCUCUGAAGAGCCCGGUGAAAAGGCGCUCAGGCCUCUUCCCUCGUCUUCACUCCAGCACAGACACCCCAACAGACAAGCACACUCGCAGGUAGGACUUUCUCUACCGUCUUACAAAAAUAAAUUUCGCUACCCGGGGGACAUGCUGUUUGAGCGGGCCUCAUCACAGUGACUCUCAGUGACUCUUCCUCCGAAUGCACACAAUGCGACUGUGCAAGUGGUGGAGUGCGUACAAAGCAACUACGCAAUGUCGGUUUCAGGAAAUGGAGAGAAAACGCAGAAUUACAGAGAGCUUUUUCCGUAUACUGGCGGAACCAAGUUGUCCAUAGUAUAUACAGUCCAUGUGUUGCACCAUGGCUACCACUAUUACAAAUCUCAUUUAUUUAACGCCAUUUUGUUUAUAUUUUAUUUUUGAUCACAAACUGUGAAAGUUGAGGAAGCUAUCAUGUUGUUGUCGUCAUUUAUGUGUUUUUCUCAUCUGCAGUGACCAAAAGCUGUCCGAUAUCUGCUUACUGACCCAAGAAGUGAGAUCAGAAACAUCAUCCAAUCCCAGCUCACCUGAGAUCAAAGAAGGGUAACACUGUACAAGUCCAACAAAACAUAACAGAUGUGUCAAGAAAAGACAAAAUACUGUGCAUGAACUUUGUACUUUCAGGCCAACUUUUUACCUGUUCCAUUAAAGUUGUGGGGUGUAGUGGUUUUAAGUCUCUCAACAUUUCUGUUCCCUCUGCUUUUUCAACAGGCUGUUUAUCAAACUGAAAGAGUACAGCGGUGGGAAACCGAACAUCUCCCGUUCUUCAUCCAGCACGAGCAGCUUCAGCAGCACAACAGGAGAAACAGAAGCUCUAGAAGAGCUUGAAAUAGUGAGUACAACCCCGACAGUUUCUUGCAAAGUUAAUCAGUAACUCAGUGUUAGGAGAGAGCAGAAUGAUGACCAUUCUUCUAACUAUCCUUGCAUCUAUUGACACAAUUUACCAAAAAACAAAGCGUAGAACAGGACCGGCAUACAAUUAAAAUUUUCAAUGAAUACUGAGAGCCAAAAAAAAGAGAUGAAAUGCUUGAUGUAGCAGUACCCAGGACCAGUUGACACUUCAACCAAAUUUUAAGUGUCAAAAAAAAAUCAGUUGAAUGGUUGUGUCUCGCACAAAAGACUUCAGGGAUUUUUUUGCCAAGCUAAACAGAUCUUUCACAGUCCGUCUGACAGACUUCGGUUUCAACGCACUUGGAACAAAAAUGUGAAUGCAAAAGUGCCACAAUUUCUUCUUUCUCUCUUUUUUAAAAGUUUUAUCUUUGGACAGAUCUGGGCUAGCUUUCCAAUUCUUUAUUUUGGGCUUGUGAUUGUUGUAGAGUGUUGUACCCAAAAUGCAAUCCAGACUAGGGGAAAGUUUAACAGAUUUUAUUCGAGGGAUUGAGAAUCCAAGGUCCCAGCGUGGUGAGGAGGAAAUACACCAAAAAUCUUCAAAUGUUGAACUGUAAUCACGAGAAGUUUUGAAAGAUUGUUGUACCACAGUGUGGAGGCGAUAAUACUCUGGCACUGGCUUGAUUGUAGAGUGGAGACAGGUGAGCGCACUCAGCCACUGCGCCGUGGGGGGGGGGGGUUGCAUCCUCUGCUAACAGGUGAAGUGACAGCACACAGCCCACUCAGGAAAUAGAAUCCCUAAAAAUAAAAUGUGCACAGUCCAUGCUCAUCACGAGGCUAAGUUUACCAACUCCUGGCUAUAGCUUUACAAAAGUCAGUAUGCUUUCUACCUUUCAGUUUUCCUUAAAACUACCAACUUCAGUUUUCGAUGAUCAAGCAUCUGAAGCAAAUUCUCAGACCCUUGUUUCAUUGAAGUUACUCUGAAAAUAUCCGUACAUUGAAGUCUCUUCAUCUCCCUCUGUCUUCCAGGCCAGUCAUCAGUCUGUAGCAUCCUCUGCCUUUAGUCCCGCCCUCAGUGUGGAGAGCCAAGGAUCAGGUAUGCCUGGUAAUCCUGCAGUUUUAGGAACAGAAACACAGAGACUAUCAAAUCUAGACAUUAUCUGUAUCACAUUAUAAUCCUGUAUGUAUUUCAUAUCCUUUCUCUCUAUCUCUCUCUGUCUCUUAUCUGCUCUUUUCUACAUUCAGUAGAUGGGAAAACUAAGACUUCGCCAAGGUCAAAUCUGAAGUUUAGAUUUGACAAAAUGAGCCACUCAUCGACAGCUGUAAGUAAUGCGAUGUCCAUCUAUUUGCUGCAUUUUCAUUAUGAUUUUUUAACCUUUAAAUUUAAUUUACACUUCUUUGUUCCAUCAAAAAAGUUUAACUUUUAUGUUACUUAAAUUAAGAUGAGUCUAUGACUUGCACUGGGCUUCUCGAUAUUUAAAAACAAAAUGUCAUUUUGUCAUAUUUUGAACUCAUCUCUCAAUUAUUUUUUCUUUUUUUUUUAACUCAAAUAACAUACUUUCAAAAAAAAAACAAUGUUGACAUUUUAUUUUAAUUAUUGUUUUAAAUUGUUCAACCACAGGCAGCCAAAAGAUAACUUGUUCAAACUUAGUAUUGAUUUAUUUGGAAAAAAAAUAGAGUCAGCAGGGUGAGUGACUACAUUUAUGGAAGAAAGGACAAAACUUAUUGAGACUUCAGUUCCAGUUAAAGGCUCUUUUCUUGGACUGUAAAACAGACUUCUCCAAGAAAGGUUGGAGGUAAUUACAAACAUUUAGUUUAUGAAUUGUUUGUAAAAAUGGGAGAUAAACUGAAUUCAUAGUAAAACAAUAAGCUUGUUUAACGCAAAGAAAAAGACAAGCAUCUUGCUGUGAUCAGCUCAAUUUAAUAUGAAAUUCAUAUGAAAUCAGACUUUGAAGGACAGAUAAAGUUAACGGGACUAUUCAUAAUGUAAACCUAAAUAGUAGGGCAGUAAAUGGUGAAAUAUGAAAUAAUGUUGGCACAUAUCGAGGAUAUGAUUAUAUUCAUAAUUUCAAAAGAAUAACUUAUUAUAUAAUGAAGAGAGUAAAUGAUGGUGUUCAUGAGACGAUAACAGAGCAUUUAAAGGGACCAAUUUGGAUAUGGAUUUGAAUUUGGUAAGAAGACAAUGAAUUUAAAAAUUUAUUUAACCUUUAUUUAAACUUUUUUGUGAGUUCAAGGUGUCUUGCAAUAAAGUGCAGAAGCUUUUCAACAUAAAUAACAAUUUAGAAACACAAACUGGUGGGAGCUCUAUAAGACAUCUUAUCUUUUGAUCACAGCAAUUUAUUACCAUAAGAUCAUUCUUAUAGACUGUAUGGGGGAAAUAUAUAGAGUAAUAAAGAAACAUAUUGCCAAUAUUGGAUGGAUAUACUUGGCGUUCCUCAGCAGUCCCCAAAUCAACAUUCUCCCUGGUUCAGUGGCUGUAUUAGUUCUCAUUCUGUGAUUUCCAAGGCCAUACUGAGAUGAAAACUGAUGUUUUCUCUGGAGUGUGAAUGGCCAGCAACACUUAUAGGCAGAGAUGAAAUAAGUCCUUUGCACAGAUUGAUUUGACGUUUGUCAGGUUGUCCUUUUAGCUUUCAACUUCCUUCACUUUGGUGGUGUGGGCAGUGUAGUCGCUCCAGCCAUCUACUCUUUCUUACAGUGGAGGUCUUUUACCAACCCCUUGUGAAACUCUUCAUACAUGACUAUAGCGACCUCAGAAACCAAGAUGUCGCUUAGAGGAUGAGAUACGGGCCUAGUCUAGUUGUCUGGCGCGCUUUGUCAAUGAUCCGCUGAGACGGGAAUAACUUAGAAAAAACAUGAUGUAAUACCAAAGAAAACAAUCAACAAAACGAUACCAACUAAAGAAGCAGCGUUCACUGGACUUAACAUGCGUGUGUGCGUGCGGUCAACAAAAAUACGGCGACCCACUCAAACCUCUUCCCUCAUGAACACAGGUGAACAGGUGCUUAAAUCAACUAAGCGACACCGCCCAUAUUCCCGUGACCCAAAUCACUGCCACCAAUCACAACAAAAUACCAAAACAAAUCAAGAGCAUAACCACAAACCUUUACCUUGCCCUCAUGGCUCCUACAAUGACAUAUAAGUAUUAGGUUUGAAAUCAUAAGAGAAAGUCCUCUGUUUGUCUUUAAUAGUGUCACUACACAUGUUAGUGAUAUAUCAUGUGUCUGGAUCUGUGUGAUGUUUUUAUCAUAGCACUAGUUUCAGGUUGUUGGCCCACAUUGAAAGAUGCAUGCUGCAAGUAAUUCCUCUUCUUAUAUAUCAUGAUUUCUAAUGGUGUCAUUUUCCAUCUCUUUCAGUCUGAGUAAUUCUGUUGUAACAAGAAACCUCUGCAACGACAAGACAGUGCAGAUUGCUGAAGCUGCAAAAACAGUAUCACGACAGCAACUCCAGCAGGACUGUGGACUCACUUCAUUAAACCAAGGAUAUCUGACAUGAUUACUAAGCGCAAGAGCCCCGACACACCAGAAACUAAAACUGUGACUGUAUAGUAAGAAGAAGGAGCAGAAAAAGUUGGCUUUACUCUCAAUUAACCUUUAAAAAAUGAGUCCAUGCUUUGCCAUCGUUGCAAGCUGCAUCUAGUUUUAUUCUUGGAAGCACCUCAGCAGUCGUAGUACUGAGAGUGUGGGCCAAGCUCUGCCUCAGCUCUUUCUCAAGCUUAUUGUAAAGACCAAGAAUGACAGAGACACAACAUGAUGUCAAAGAACGCAAUCAUUAGACUAUGAACUGUUACUCUGUGUGUUUCGCUGCUGAAUGUUCAGCGGAAAGGACAUCUUAAGAAAUAUCGUUGAGUACCAGGAGAAUCCCUGAUGCCUUUGAAUAUUUUAUCUGGCAACUGAUCCUGUUUUCAAGGGAUAAAAUGUGCAGAUGAGCAGAAAUGUGGUCUAUAGAAGUGACCUUCUAGAGUCUCACUUCUCACUGUUCAGAUCUGGGUUAGUCUUUGCAUAUAAAAAAAUGCCUAUUUAAGAAACGUCUUUUAUUUUUGAGAUGUUUUUGCUGCUGCUGCACUUUAAACUUAAUAUUGCUGCAUUUUACUUGAUACCCAUAACAGCAUUUGUUUUGUUUUUUUAGGGGGGUUACUUUAGAAAAUUACUGGAUUCCUGUGCUUGGGUAUAGAGAAUUAGCACUGCCACACAAUUUGCCAUGAGCUUAAUUUCGCCAAAGUUGCGCCUUACAAUCUAUCAAAGCCCUUUCCAACAUAGAUGGCUUUCUGCCAAUCUCUCCCUUUGUUUGUCUGCCCUUUUCAUUAUGUUAGACAAGAUAUGAGAUAUGAUAUGUUCUGAUAUAUCUGGUUACAGCACAGUCGUUGGGAGCCAAUCAACCACCAUAUUGAAAAUACUCAUGCAAAUGCAAACAUUUCAUCGUGGGAUUCCUCCCACUAAAGCUUGCUAAUUCUGUGUGUUUGCUCUUAUGUUCGGUGAAACUCUUAACAAAUUGUCUACAUAGUUAAAAGUUUCUCAGCAUAGCAGCUAAUGACACUAACUUCAAGAACUGUGCUUCAGACUGAAUUAAACUCUCAUCUCAUUAAGUAGAAAGAAAAAUUGAAUGUAAAAUUCUUGCCUUCUUUUAGUUUUGAUUAUAUUAUUUGAAAGAGUAAAGCUUUUUACUUAAGAGCGCCAAAAGAUAGCAGGUCAGCUCUGGUCCUAAACUUUUCCAUACUGAAUUAAGCAGCACAAAAUAAGACAAGUACUAUCCUAGAAAAAGCCACACAACACACAAGGGUUUGUCCUAUGUAAUCAAACGCACAGAUCUGUGGGUCUUUGUAAGAAUAUUUAUGUACUCGUACUGUGUAGAGAACCAUCCUUGUUGCAAAAAGGAUGACUUCAUAGAAUAUCCAGUCCCUAUGGAUGUAACUUCAUCCAAAUAAUGAAACUGUGCUUUGUAGUUUGGGUUAUUUUAACUAUUCAGGACACAUUUGAAUUUAUUGCAAAACACAAUUAUAUCCUUUGACUGGAGUCAGAUGUGUACAGAAUUAUUAAAGACAAGUGCUUACCUUGAACAAGGAAAGCUCUGACAGAUAUCACACAAAGACAGGAUGGUAAGAUGUUCAGUUUGUUGCAGGUGUUGCCUUUUAUUCCUGUUGAUUUUUUCUGUUGUCAUGCUUUAUUUAUUAGCUUACUUUUGUUUUGUUUUUUUCUUUUUCAUUGAUGUCAUGUAAAAAUGUAUCUGCAAAGUAAAGUAAUCAAAAUGGUUAUUUGAGUAAAAUAUAUAUUAAUUUAAAGAUGUCGAAGCAGGUAUAUGUAUAUUUGAUUAUGUACUGUGCCAUUAGGAAUUUAUUCUAUAAUAAAAUGUAUUUUGUGUCA